AGAAGCCUGUUUUUGGGAGCCUUGUGUUUGACCUGAACCGUGUUUUUGGUGUAGGAGUACGGAGGAGAAGCGGGAGGACUGCCGUGCGUAAAACCUGAAGGAGAAGUACGAGGAGAUGAGUUGUAGAGCUUCAUUGGCGGGAUACAACUUCUUUCUUUGAGAACUAUUCUUUUUUUUCUGGGAGUGUCAGACUGUGCCAAACUGUGGAUUAAUACAUCUUCAGAUCUAUGCUGAGUUUAUAAAUGUUAUCCAAAGUGCAGGUAAGUGUUUGGUUUUUACACGGAGACUGUUUGGAUAUUGAUGCGUUAACAAAAAUCAAAGUUUCAGUCCAGCUGAAUUUCCCUGUUUACUGUUAAAGGAUUUAUCACUAGACUGUAGACUAAAUAUUGAUUUCUAGGAGGUUCCAGGCUGAGAAAAUCGAAAUGUGCUUCACAAGCAUGUCACUAGCCUCGCCUAAAGACGUAAAAGUUUUACUAUUUCACCUUAAAACUUGUUCCUUUCUUUCAGCUACACAGGUCAAUAUGAUUAAAGGCAUUACUGAUGCCUUCAAAGACAAAGAAAACAACACAAAGUUACACAGUUUCUCUCCCUUCAAAGAUUUUGGUCCACAUCAGCACAAGGAAGCAUACUAAUAAAUGGACUAAAAUCAUUAUUAUUAUUUAGAGGUAUCAAAUUGUCCAUGAAGACAGAGAAAGACAGCAUGCAUGUUCUAAAUCACCAUACAAAUCAUCUGAUCUAUAUCCUUUAUACUAAAAAGAAAAAACAUACACUUUUUACAAAAAUAGCAUGGAAAUGCAUCCUGGUUGUCUUUGCAGACCACAGGAAUGAGAAGAAUUAGAGGACUGUGUGGUGACAGCUACCUGACAGUGAGCAUGACCUGCUGACAGGGACAAUCAGGUUUAUAAAUGCAUGUGACCUUUUAAAGCAGCAGCAGAGGUGUGUCUGCAACCAUAUAACCUCCAGAACAGACUGUUAGUGCUGUUCACUCUGCUUCAGGGGGGAACAAACCUGCAGGUCAUCUGCACAGGGCAAUGUUCACUUGUUGGAGAGUUUGUUAUACGGUGUCAAGCUGCCCGUAUCUCGGUGCAGGAGUUAAAGCACAAACUUAAAUGGAUAAUUCUCUGUUGUUCUUCAGCUCUCAUUGUGUCUGCUGUGGGAAAUGUGUAGUUGGCCAUAUAAGUACAACAACAACAGGAAAGCUCAUCAAGUGGCCAAAAUUGAAACACCCAUAGACUGUAUGCAGUAUACAUGGUGAGCAUAACCUUUUUUAUAAAGUGUAGCCAAAGCAGAAGAGCGUUAAACCUGCAAAUUAUGUGAACACUUGCAGGGGGCAGGUCUACAUGUUGCAGACAUGUACUAACCGGGGAGUCUAGACCAGAUGGGAACCUCGCUGAAUAACCUGGUCAGAGCUCUGGAGAGCAGAACCACUACACAUGAAGUUCCUCAUCCAGUCAUCCAGGCUUGAUAGCUGUGUCAGAGUGGAGCACAGUGCCUGCAGUAGACAGUAGAGAAAGAGAGGCACUGUUGACACCACUUCAAGGUUCUUUGGUCGAUGGAAAGUACAGUCUUCACCACAAUCAAGACUAGCAAAGACCAGCAUGUCCCUGAACAGUACAUCACCUUCCUCAGGGCAGGGGGGACACUCCAACAAUCCCACUCCCCUGGGGGGCCUUUUGAGACUGCUGGGGUUGGCAGCUUUUACACUGACCCAGAUCAACUCAAGCCUUUAGAUCACAUUAGACUACCCUCAGGUGUGCAGUUCACAUCUCAGCCAACAGAACAAAACAAGUAAUAAUGAUGGCAUCAUGGGAACUUUUUUUUACAUUUAUUAUAUUGUAAGGGCAUCCAGAGGGUCUUUUGGAAAACAUAUGAUAUAUUGGAAAGGCAUUCAGAGGGCACUUUUUAAACUUUUUUUUUUACAUUGGGAAGGCAUCUAGAGGGCCUUUUUGAAAACACAUAUUAGAUCAAAGGACAUCCAGGAGGCACUUUUUUAAACAUUUUAUACAUCUGAAGUAGGAAACAGGGAUACGGGCUGAGAACUUUAUCACGAUAAGAUUUGCCAUUCUGGUGAUAACAAUAAAAGUCCAGAUAAAAAAAUAUUAUAAUUCCAGUCUAUAUUUGUGACUUAUUUUGUCUUGAGAACACCAGUUAAAAUAGUCAAAUAAGAUACUUGACCACAAGUUUGAGUGGUAGGUUAUGGAGAGAACUAAUGACAUCAAACAAGUCUCAAAUGUGAAAACAUUUUCAACAUUUGUUAAAAACUGUAACUGCACAGAGUGAACAGCAGCAGAUCCUCUGUCUGAUGUCAGGCAUACCUGAGUGCACUCAUCUAAACCUCAUCCUUGAAGGUAAUCCAUCAUGUGGAGCCUCGUUCAGUAACAAGCUGCUCAGAACCGUCUUCCUCAUUACCUUCUGCCGUGUUUGUUUGUUGUUUUGACCUGUGUGGGCUAUGGCUGUGAGUCCAUCGCUCAUGCUUAUGUCAUCAACUUGCAAUUUAUCAUAUUUGUCAUGAGAUGGCAAAUAUUUAUCAUGGAGGUUUUUUCUGAUGAAAUAUUGUGAACAAUAAUUUUCAGGGCACUCUGUUAUGUUUCAUGUUUUAGAAAAGCAGCUAUUAAAGCAUGUUUUCAUGAACAUGGCACCAAUACAGUGUUUUAUUAGAUUAUUAUUAUCUUUUUAAAAAAACUUUAGGAGCUUCUCUCGUCGCUGUUCCUCCUACACUACCACCCCCAGGAACAGAUUCUACAUUGACUUUUUUCAUGUAGUUUUGAAGAGAAAAUACCACUCUAUAGAAAAAAAAAAAAGGUGUAGAAAUCUUCUUUGGCUCUUAGAGAAACUUUGAUUUCACUGUAAAAAGACUUAAUUCAGUGCUCUGGUGGGUCCAAUUUAGUUUUGUUUAUUUCUGUGUUACCCAAUUUUUUUGUUUUGGCCGUGUGACUGAAGGAACCACCAGCUGACUGUGUCUUCCUCGGGCCUGAUCCUAAAAAGAGAGACCAAGCAUUCAUCAGCUCAGAGUGAGAAAUUAUGCAAAAAUGUGCCUUCAUCUUGUUUCCACGUUUGGCUCUGGGCUUUAACUGAAUGCUGUCAUGGCUGUGGGAGUCAGUAGAUCACUUUCUGAAGACAAUCCAGAGGCUGUUUUCUCAUCAGGGCUCACAGCUCGCCUCUCUGUGUCCUUUCAGCUGCAGGCCCACGGUGUCUUCUUCAGAAUGAGCCUUUUUUCAUUCAGCCUCCUGAAUUAUUCAUCCAGCCAAGUUUUAAUUCAACUCUGCACAAGAGGGUGUUUUUCUCAGCCUCUUUAUUUGAAUAUGAACAUCUUUACAUGCUGAUUAUGAUCAUCAAAAGACCAGCGUUAGUUAUGUGGCAGUAAGAGGAAGGUCCUGACCUCAAGUAAAACACAUUUACACAAAAAUUCUCCUUUUUUUGAGUCAUUACGAGGCGAGCCCAAGUUUAAGUGUCCCGUCACCUGCUUGAGUAACAAUUUGGGAGAAGACACGUCUGGAUUUGUCGUACAGGAAUGUAACAUGCUGCCUCGGGGUAAAUGCAGCAAAACACAGCCACUGGUCCACAUGGUAAACACCGGUUUCCAAAACGUGCUCUUUAAUAUACCUGUGAGUCAGCUCACCUGUAUGUGGGAGAGAUUCAACUGCUAGAUGAAAGAAAUCACUCACCUUUCUGAGGAAAAUGCUAUAAAGAAAUUAUGCUUUAUCUUAUUAACUCAACUGAGGUCACUUUUCUGUGUUUGAACUUGAGCUACGUUUAGCAUUUGAUGCUUUUUUCCAGAUAGUCUUUGCCUUAUUUCCUGCUUUUUUCUCUAGAUGCCAAUGUUUCAGAAAUUCAGAAUUGGUGCAUUUCUCUUUUACCCUUUACCUGUUUUUGUCUUAGCUCCUUCUCUGUGGCUCAGAAUCGCAUCAGAUCAUGUGUGUUGUGAUGUUUACUUUGAGGAUCUCAGCUCUCUGUAUUCAAAGCACAAAGCCUGAGCAUUGUUAGUUUGUUAGUCACUGUAGCAUGCAGUGACUGGAACGUGCCGUUUACUGUAAAAUGUCCUGUGUGACAGAACUGACUCACAUGGAUCAACAUGUGCCGUUUGUUUCUCAUACGAGCCCUAACACCUGGAAUCAUCAAAUUUAGUUUCAUUUUAGAGGAUAUCUGCAGAUUAAACUCCAGAUUUAGUCAUAGUCUGUGUAUGAUUAGUCUGUAAUAAGGUGAUAUUUGUGUUCACAGGAGCUGAUGUGACCACUGAGGAGGACCCAGAAUGAGCUCUCCACUCCCACUUCUCUGUCAUCCUGUGGGUAAGUCUUCCUGUGGUUAUUUCGAUGCUCAACAGAUUGAACUUUUACCUUAGCAUUGGAAACUAUUUGAUUUUAUUCAUACUGAUGCUUUUAUUGAUCCUGGCUGUUGCAGAAACACACAUAUUUUAUCACUGGAAAGCCAGUGGUGUUUUGGGAUAAAUGGUGUCAAACUAUCUGAUGACACUCCGGCAGAUGUUGUAUGUGGCUUUUGAGGACCUUUGUUUACUCUCUGUACAAUUUGAAAUAUAGAAUAAUGUCACUCAUUUCCCUAUCAUAAAAAUUUGUUAUGUCCUUUGGGACGUGGACCUGACCAGGAAAGAGUUUGAGUGUCAAAGUAAGCUUAAAGCGAGGAAUAAAACAAAAGAAAAAAAUAAGUGACUGUACAGAUGCCUGUGGCUCGUGAAGGAUGACUUUUUGUUGUCUUUUUUUCCCUCCAAAGUUACUCUGAUUUUUAGAUUCUGUGACCAAUACUUGCAGAAUUUGGGCUUUUAACCUGAAAAUUUUAACUUGUCACUUCCACCUGCUGUCUAAACACCCUAUAACUGACUGCCCUAAAUGAGAAAUAAUUAAAAGAAUAUAAUAUAACCAAAGAAGAUGCUACAUGACUUUGUCUUAUGACUUUCAGUCUGAAGCAUUAAAAGUAGGAGACCGUGUGAAUUUUUGAAAGACUUAGGAUGAAAAAAGGGGAUUUUGAUUUUACUCCUUUCCCUAAAGUUUGAAUAUUAUGAACUUUUUAUUCCAUCAUGAACUCUGUUUACCCUUUUUUAAAUUUGAAUAUGUUACUCAUCACUUUUUGCCAUGACUGCCUGCAGCACAGACACACUGCAUAUAAAGUGAUGAGGGGCUGAAGUCGACACAUGGACUCAGGCUCAGUGAAUAUCCUGCGGGGCAACCUGACUCAUUAAUCCCCUGCUGUUCAGAGGAAAGGACCUACUAGCCUACUGACUGUACGCUGUGUAAGACGGAGCAAGCUUCUGCAGGCCAUAUGCUGCUCAAGUAACUCUAUACAAAUCAGGCUGACAGGCUGCAUCAGCCAUGAGGUGAAAUGGUGUAAUAAAACACACUAUACUGAUAUUUCAUCACUGUAAAGAAGAGGGUUUUUGUGUCUGUAGUAUGAGUUCAGUGAAAGACCCAGGUUUUGUGUGCAAAAUCAGACAGAAAUAAAUCGGGAAAUUGUAAAUGUUGUUCUUUUUUCUUUUCAUUAUGUCUCAAAUGAUCUAGGAAAAAUGAAAUGCAUAGAGCACCUUGCUUUUUACUCUUAAUAUGUUAAAUCCAAAGUGUCUCCAAACAGCUGCAACUUCUCAUACAGUUGCAGUGAGUCUGGGGAUUUUGGAGGCCUUUUCCCAGUAGGUAAUCCCUUCCUUUUGUGUAUCUGUUGUGUGUGCUUGUUGUGUUGUAAUGAGGAUUGACAGGUGAAGGGUUAGUGAUUAAAAGCCAUAUGUUUAGAGUGUAAUCUCUCCCACUAACAGCUCUCCUUAUUGUGGCUGCUCAGAGGCUAAUCCUGUGUGUUCAGGUCCUGCUGCUUCACAUGCUGCCCCAUUCAGCUCACAACAAUCUGUCCUCGACCAUCUCACAGCGAGAGACGUGAACUCUUACUCUGAAGUUAUUCUAUAAACUAAAAGACUUAACAUAAAACUACUGAAAUAGAUCAAAUGGAGUCCCAAAGCAGAGUUUUUCAAUGUAGAAUCAAAACAAAAGUACGUCAGUCUUCACAGCAUUAGUUUGUAGUUAAACUCCCCAAACAGGCAUGAUAGUGUUCAACCAUGUGACCUCACUCUGACGACUGUGGUUCACCUGAAAGUUGCUCAGCAGCAUAUUUAGCAGGUGUAAAAAAAAUGGCACAGCUGACUUAUAGUGAAAGCAACACUUUGUUUCCAGUCUGUUGAGCUACAGUUGCUGGAAACUGGAUGUUUAGUGUCCCAGAAUGCUUAAAAUUGCAGUUCCUUGUUUGGCCACUUGAGGCUGGUUUCAAAAGUGAGUCAAUCCCCAAAGAGCCCCAUAAUAAAACUCACAACUCUAUGGCAACUAUAAACAGCCUUAAAUAUAUAAUAAGUCAUGGUCUAUGGCUUGUUUACUUGUGUCCUUAUUUGUUGGGGUUGAAUUUUUUUUAUUUGAGAGCUGGUGUUGUAUUUAUUUGAGGUCACUUGACCUGUUAGCUAUGCCAAAAUAUGGUCACCGCUGGAUUUAAAAAAUAGAUGGUGAUGACCAAAAUGAUCAAAUUUAAUGCAUCCAAAGAGCUGUCCAUAAACAAUAAUCAACUUUGUCCUCUUCUUGUACAUAUUGUAUGCCUGUGAAUUGGCCGAAAUGAACAGUUAUCUUUGUAUUUUGUUGAGACAGUUUACUUACUGUUUCUUUGGCCUCUCCUAAGAUCCAGAUGCAGUUGCUCAGUCACUUCACUCUGAUCUUUUAGGAAAGAAAUUCAUGAUUUAUAUCCUGACACAGUGUGUGGAAAGUUACCGUCUGAACUUUACACCUCCCCACCAUGUGUAUGAGUGUUUCUCCUCUACUCUGGACAAUAAAUCCUUUUAGUUGAUUUACAGUCUCUGCACUCCAGCAGUCCUGAAAUAAAAGCUAAAUGCUACCUCUGUAAAACCUAAGAUAGAGUUUGUUUUGAUGAAACAAGUUUAGCAUUUGGUCAGUAAUCUCUCUUUUCUAUUUCCAGUGCCUCUGCCUAAUGGGACGUCACACCCAGAGGAGGAUGAGGAUGAAGAAGAGCAGGGAGAGAAGUUUGAGUUUGAUGAUGAGGAUGACAUUGGACCCUCAGAGACGAGUCCUGACACCCUGAUGAAGAAUGAGUGGACUGCUGAGACAGAAAAGUCCAACCUAAAGAGUCAGGAUUUGAAAGAAACAAUCAGUGCAGUGCAGAAAAACCCCUCUCUUUACCCACAGCACUGCUCUGGUGAGUGCAGCACAGGUAAAGUUUAAAAAUAAUAAGAUUGUAUACUUGGGAAGAUUGCAUUAUGACUUUCUUUUUUCUUUUUUUGACCAGGUAUGGAGGUCAGAGAAUCACCAGAGGGGUAAGUUCAAUAAGUUUUCUCAAUACUUAAAGGAUGUUUUCACCUCACUAAAAUCCCCAAACCAAGUGUACCAAUAUAGACUUUUACAUUUGUGUAAUACACUUGAGAAAGAAGGUUAGAUUUACUUCCCUCAGUCAGUUUUUUACUUGUGAAAACUUAAAAAUUGAUGUAUAAGGAGGAAUGCAUGCAGGCUCCAGUUUAUGCCUGUUAAAGCUGCCAAUCUAGGCAUGAAGCUAAAAUAAUUUGACUGUACCCGGAUCUUCCUUCAUGCUGCAGAGCCUCAGGCUAUAAAACAAGCAUUUACCAUCUUCACCUAAACCAGUGUGACUGCAUUAUGCAGGAAAAUAGUAGCCUGGCCGGCCCAUCCUGUUGUGUGAAUCACUUGAUGUUCCUUCCCACCACAGUCUGGACUUCGGCCCAUUGGGAGCGUGUAUUCCCGAUCAGAAAAUAACCGGGCCAAUCAGAGACCGUGUUUUCACUGUUACCCGGACAACAGGGAAAGGCAGCCCCUGAUUGGUCCAUGUACUAUUGUAACCAAUCACUGUAACCAAGCAUCUGUGAUGAUGUCAGAUGCUUGGUUACGGUGAUUGGUUACAAUAGUCUGUCUAUCAAGGAAAGUACUCCCGCCCACUUUCAGGGCUUCCAAUGAGCCGAAGUCCAGACUGUUGUGAGAAGGAACGUCAAGUGAUUCACGCAACAGGAUGGCCCGGCCAGGCUAGGAAAAUAGCACUCUCAGCUGAGCUUGGAGUUAGCUAUAAUAUUUAUAAAUAAAUAAUCAAGAAUAAAAGAGAAAAGCUGGUGUGCAGAUUUCUGUUUCAUGAUUUAAGUGGAUAAGGUAACAGUAAUUUGGAUUUGUAAGCACCUUGUUAAAUGUAGUGAUAUGAUUUGGCUUAAAUGCCAUGAGUAAUUACAGGUUUUGGCUUUAAAAGAAGUUGAAACAGAAAGUAACCUACAAACAGACAGGAAGACCAAACAUCCGAGGCACUCUGCAAAUCUAACAGAAGAUGGCACUAAAUUCCUACAGGUACUUGAAAAGUUUGUGUACAGUAAAAGUGCAAGAAGUGCAGCUGGAUGUACAGUGGAGUUAUUCAGAUGUUUGUGUUCACGCUGGAAAGGUCUGCUCGGAGUCUAUUCAAAGUUAUUGUGAAGAGUAUAAGUUUAAUGAGAUGACUCAUCAUUGAAGGUCAGUCUCACAGUCCUUUAAAAGCUCAAACCCUGAUCAAAAUUUCCAACCAUAUCUGAUUCUGGAGGCCAUACUGUGCAUGAGGGCUGUGGUGUCCUUAACUUUCUGAUGUAUGUUGUCAAUUGUACAGAACAUGUAUCAUAUUGUAUAACAUCCUAUCAGUUCUUAUCAUAUCAUAUCAUCAUAUCAUCAUAUCUUGUAAACCUUAUAUCAAAUCUGGCAUUGUAUCGUAUCAGGUUGGAUCAUAGUGAGUCAUAUUAUAAGGUAUCGUAUUGUAUUGAAUCACAGCUUUUCAUAUCAUGUCAUGUUUCCUAUUGUAUUUUAUUCAAUAUUCUACCUUUUCCUAUUAGAGUCUUAUGCUGUUUUGCCUUUUAUCAUACUGUGUUGAUUUUUACAAACUGAUCACAUUUUUACUUAUUGUACGAUACGAUUUUUUAUGAUACGAUACAAAACAAUACAAUACGAUACAUGUUAUUGUCCCCUUAGAGAAAUUUGUCUUGGACUCCAAGAGCUGCACAGAUAAAGCUGCCAUUGUAUCUUACAGCACCAUGUCACAACAUAUCGUUACUAUAUCACAUCUUAACAUAUCAUAUAUCAUGCUGUUUAAGACUGUACUGAAUUAGAUUGAAUUUUCUUGUAUCACAUUACCAAGUAUCAAAGCGUAAUGCCUCAUUUGAUAAGUUAGCUUAUUUGAUCAUAUCGUAGCAGCAGCAGUCUCUUAGAUAAAUCAUAGCACAUUGUAUUGUUCCCUGUCAUAUCUUAUCUGGUAUCAUAUUGUGACAGGAUGACAGAUGCCACUUACAAAAGCAGAAGUGCAAUGUCACAUCACAAGAUGUUUACUAAGCUAUUUAUCAUGGGUAUUAAACUCAUACGUGGGGGGUACAACAUGAUCUGAAAGUUCAUGUCCUGUUUUUUCAGCUGUCUACUUCCAACAUUUGAAAAUGUGAGGAUUUUUACAGAUGUAUAAAACAUCCCUGACUUACUUGUUGCACAUACUAGUGAAUCUGCCACUUACUACACAGACAUCGUGUUGUUAGUGACAAAGGUCCGGCCGGGCCUGUGGAUUUUUUAUUAGUGUCACCAGACUGUGACUUAACCGACUGUCUUUCAAAUGUGCAAACGUCAUCAUCCCUCAUUAUAAGCAAAAGCUGAGCUCAGCAAUUUAGGAGGAGUUCCCUGGAAAUAAAAGUUGAGCAAAAAAACAGAUUUACUCAAAAGAUUAAUGCCAGAACUUAAAACCAUACUUCAGGUUCCUAGAGGUUAAAAUCUCUGUCCUAAAUGCAAAAAAAGCAUCUGGCCUUUGCAUCUAACCUUUAAGUUGCACUGCGAGGUAAAUUUUUAGAUCGUAAAGAAACCAUAGGAUACUGAAAAACUGGUCCGACAAAAGGUUUAAAGGGCAUAAAAGAACUUUUGACACUAACAGCUGACUGCAGCUGUAGAUAUUUUGGAUUAUAAAUAUAAAAUGUUUAAUUCUUUGUUGCAGACGCUCCAUCUCCUCUGAUCUGGGAGUGACGGCAGAGUCUGAGAGUUUCUGGAAAGCAAGCAAUAUUUAUGAAGGUAAGACACAUGAGGAGCAGCUGAGUCUGAUCUGAUGGUUUUCUUGAAACUGUACUGAGGAUGUUUUUUUUAUGUUUGGCUGCUUGCAUUGGGACAGCACAAGCAUCCCAUCGAGCUAAGGAGUGGCUGUUUGUGGUGUCAGAGCUCACUCUGCGGUUAAACAAAGGUAUUCUACCUGACCCUGUAGUCAUAGCUUAGAGAGUAGGUAGAGCAGCAAAGGUGAGGUGCUGUGUUUCGGUGUUUCCUACCUUUUGGUAAAUGGAUGUGUUGUGUCCUCAGUGUUGAUUUGGAUUAGAAAUCCUAAGUUGUGUUUUUGCUGCAGUUAUUUUCCAUAUAAAGGUUUGCCUGUUUCCCUGCAUGUUCUCAGGAUCCAUGUUGCUUGGUUUGGUUGCACAUAAACUGAUUGAAGAUACAGCGUCAAGUCCUAGAAGUGUUUGAAAGAUGCCCACAUAGCUAACAGCAGGCUUUGCCCUCUCGAACCUCUGUUAGAGGCUAUCUUGGUUCAACUUGGGUUUGGCUGAAAGCAGUCUGACGCAGUCUGAAUACAAAACUGAUGCACCCCCUCAGUCCAUCUAAAAGUAUGGCGGUAAAAGGGAGUUCCAGGGUCUUAGGUAUUUCAGCUUGAAUUAAGAAAACUGUAUUAUUUAAUAGAUAAUGAUGGCCUUCUCUACAAACACAUAAAUUUGGCCUUUUUAAGUAGCGAUUGAAAAAAAGUAAUAGUUUUUAUAUUUGGAUGCAUUCUCCCUAACGGGUGUGGUGCACCCCCAAAGAUGUUCACAUUCAUGCUUAUAAUACAGCUGGACGUGUACGAGAAAACAAGGUCACUGUCAGGAGUCUGUUUUCAAGUAUGAAAUACCCAAGUAUUAAAGUUAGUUUAACCAGUGAUAUCCAUUCAGGUCCUGCCACUGGUUUAGCACUUCAAAUAAAAAACAACCCUAAACUGUCCAGGACAAAAGCUCAGAGAUUAAAACUCAAGUCAUUUGAAAGACUAGUUUUGAUUUAAAAGCUAUUUCAAUGCUCAAAGGAGGAGAGAUUUUCUAUUUUCAUCAACGUUCUUAAUUCAGAAAUCUUUGUGACCAUCUACUGGAUGUUUCAAUGUCUGUAUGACCUAAUCUGACACAAAACACACAAAAUUACAUUUUUGAUGGCCGGUCCCCUUUAAUCUCAUGGCUUCUUCAUUCGUGACAUGCUAUCCUCUAGUUUGCUGAAGGUGGAGGCUUUUUUGUAACCAAGAUGAUAAACCCUCAAAACCUUUAAAAAUAUAUGAAAAAGACGACUACUCCCCUUAACCCUGUUAUGAGAAGUUGAAAAGUUAAAACCUUACAUUUGGAUUUAAACUACGUCUCACAACCCAUUUCAGGAGGAGUUGAGAUUAUUUUUUUUUUUUACUUUUUACCCUUUAGGAGAAAAAGAGGAAGCUGAGGUGUGAACUUUCGAAAGAGCUGAAGUGGUGUAUGAGCUUGUACAUUUAUAUAUAUAUAUAUUUAGCUUGUAUAUUUAGCUAAAAGCAGAGGUGUAAGUAACCACCCUCAGUCUCUUCUGCAAGGGUGUGUGUUUAUGAAAGUCAGAGGUGUCAUCCCAGUUGACCUCGCCCGCCUCUCACUCUAAAGACAGGUGUGUAUGUAAGUUGUCUUAAGUUAAAUAAAAGUUGCUCAGAUGAGUCCUGAGAAAACCCAAAUUGAUCAAGUUUGUCACAGACCUCGGAGGUGGAUGUCUUUGAAUAUUCUUGGAUGUCCUCUGCAUGUCCCCAAGUUCCUCUGCUAAAGUAGCUAAUUUACUGGAUAGCAGACAGUGACACUCACGUGAUCUGAAGCUUCAGAUUUUUUUGCAGUGAGGUUCAUUUGCAUAUACAGUUUAGCCCAAAUGAAUGCAUAAUGACUCUGUUUGAUUCCUGCAAACAGUAACAGGAUGCUGUUUCAUCUUCAAUACAGUUUGGGGAGCAUUUCCUCUGUUCAUGUUUUUAACCCUCCUCCUGUGUUAGGGUCUGCAUCUACCUGUUUUUGCUUUGAAAUGCUUUAAAGAACCACAUGAAUGAGCUUUUUCACAUGAAGACUUUUUGACUUUGUCAGAAACCUCUAUUUCAACAAAAUAAAAUUAAAAAGAUUAAAUUGACUAAAUUAUAAAAUUCUCUGAUUUAAAUUCUGGCACUUGUCGUGAUAGGGUCGCUGUUGACCCGGUUAGAUUAAAAAUCAAUGAUUAGAGCAAAAACUAAAAACAUAUGUGCACUGUCAGGCACCACACUGACAGUCAGAUUCUCUUCCAGCCAUGUGAGAUUUAGGAAAUUCUAAUUUUGCCAUGUUUUUCCCUGCACAAAAAAUGUCAGAAAUGUCCAGACAUGUGGGGCUCUAUUUUUCGUGCCCGCCGGUGGUGCGGCGGAGGGUGGUGCAACCCGCACAGUGGUAUUUUUGUCUGGCGGAGCCCGGCGCACAGCCAGUUUGGUAUUUCCGUAGACUGAGGCACGCCAAGGAACGGCAAGCUGGGCAUGGUGGUGUGGUAGGGGGAGAUGUCGACAAAUUUAGCAGGGGCACGAAAAUAGAGCCCGUGAGAUCAACAAUGGAUGUCGGUGUGAGGGGUAUACUGACAAAGAAAGGCCCAGAGGCCCACAACAAAAAAUGAAAUAAGCAAUAUUUUCAUGGAUAAUGACGACUAACAAAGUAACCCAGAGAUGAGAACCAAAUUGGAUGAUAGAGAAUUGUUUUUAAUUGUUUAAGUGUAAUUUUCAGCUGAUUUAAGACACGGGUCGAAACUGACCCAUUAACAUAGUGGUUGUGUUGUAAAAGCUAACACAGGAGGAAGAUUAAAUCAAUCCUUGUCUCAUGUGCAUAAGCUUAGCACGUGCAACAGCUGCAGAAAUCAUUUGCAUCAGCUCUUCUCUUCACUUCAACAGCUUUGACAAAAUUUUGGGGAUCAUCCUCAUUAAAUGAAAUGUCAGAUUUUACUUGUGGUAAAGUAUUUUUGCACUGUGUCAUAUAAACUGAAGGAUUUGAGCUCUUUUACUGUUUACAUUUAAUCACAGGCUGCAGAUCCAACAAAUCACUCAGUCUUUUCAAGCUUUAAUAUAACCUCUGCCAAAACAUCUGAACUACAGCUUGGAUUUUAACAUGAUUCUCAGUGAUGUCUCUCACUUUUUACUCUCCCUGCUCUCCUCUCUCCACCUGUGGCUGCCUGAUAGUUUGUACCUCAGAUCAUGUUGAGCUUGUGUGCAUAGAUAUACUCCUUUCUGCAGCGGUAACCUUAAAGAAUACCUAGCUGUCCUCAUCCCCCUUUAAGCAGUUUUUAUCUGCUUGUGUGUACUUGUGUAGUGUUAGUGGGUUUUUGUGUUAUGCUGGUCUCAACAGGUCAUAGUCGAUGUGAAACCUGUUCUCUUGAAGACUCCUGAGUCAUGAAUUUAAAUCAGAAAUGUUCCCUGAAGAUAGUUCAUCUUUUCAUUAGAAAAUAACUCGGGCGUCUUCACAGGGAGAACAUGCAGAGGGGGCAUUUCCUGUCAGUACAUUUGGUGCUUGGCAAAAAAAAAACCAAUAACAACAUCAUAUGGAUUACUGCUCCCUAAAACCCAGAGGAAACUUUUUGCCUGUUCUGUUUCAUUUCCGUUGCUGUUUCUUAAAACACGCAAGAGGAAAAGAAUUAUGACAUUAUAUGUAAAUCACUAAGAGUAACAUAGAGUAACAAGAGUAACUGAGCUUUAACAGAGGCAGACAACAUCAUUUACAAAGGCUGAUAAACUGAAAAAUAUGCCAGGUGCAAAUGAAGUUUGACUUUUUAUCAGACAAAACAAGAAGAACAAGAAGUAGAGGAAUAAUAAUGAUAGUAAUAAUGAAAGUUUCAGAAACAGCCUGCAGGCAAAGACUCGAUGUUUACCAUCAUAACUGAAAUGUGCUUCGGCACAUAUUAAACAGAGCAUCACUGUGGAGGAAGAUGUCAGUGUUUGCAAUAAAGUAUAAAACUUAAAAUGGUGAAGAUUGACAGCAGCUUCAAGGAACAAAGAUGUUUCAGCCCCAGGAAGAAGUUUCAUGACUCACUGCAUGACUUUUAAAAGAGCUGCUCAAAUACAAGGAUGUUUUUCUUGGUUUGAAUUAUAUCGCUGCUUUUUCUCUUUAACUUUAUUCCCCAAAUUUCAACAAUGUAGUGAGCACAACACUCAGAGAAUAUCUGUAUUACUCUCAUGAAGCAUUAAAAGCAUUAAUUAAAAGCACGCUUGAUGUGGCGGUGAUUAACACUUUUAGUCUAGGAGGGACCUUUAAAACUGCUCUUCUGUGUAAUGACGUUUUGUAGGAAAAGACUCUUUAACGCCUGAAGGCUGUCAGGAUGAGUCCAGCCCGGCAGUGAACGGGUGCAGCCCACAGCCAGACCCCACUGAGGACGAGGAGUCCUCUUCAGUCCAUCCUCAGUCUGAACAUCACGCAGGAAAUGAAGACAGACCAAAAGACGCCAGCCCUGCGACCUCUAGCAGCUCGGAUAAUGUGUUCAGAGACCCUGAGGUGGUUUAUGAUGACGUGCCUGCUGAGGGCCUGCAGCACCAAAUGGAAGGUGAGAUUAUUUGUUAUAUUGGUAGUGUAAAGAAGGUGAAUCUAGCCAGUGUGAAAAUGCUUCAAAGCUGCACUCUUCCUGAUGGUCAGCUCAUGGCUGCAAAAUAAUGUCUGAUUGAAUACGAAGAAGUCAAUAAAUAUUAGUCAACUUCCUUACCUUAGUUAGGAUUUACUUCUUGAGUUUAUUGUGAUAAUACAUAGUUAAAAGACUUUAACACAGUAUAAUUUUUAGGAAGUUCAAGCCCAUUUAAAUUGAAAUACACAACAGACCAGGGAGGAUUCAAGGUGUGGCAGCCAGAUUAGGUGCUGACAUGGAUGGAUAGAGGUGUAGAAAUGUGUAUCCACCCUCUGCUACAGAUUAAGUCACUAGAAAACACCCAGGUAGAGGCAGAGUCUCCCAGAAGAAAAGAUGGGAAGAGGUUCUCCACUCUGUGAGAGACUGUGUGAGCUAAUAGGUCAGCAGUUUCAGAAUAAUGUUCCUGAGUGUCAAAUGUGAAAGAGUGAGUGGAUUUCAUCAUCUGCAGAAUAUAAUAUCAUUAAAAGAUUCAGAGAAUCUGGAGAAAUCUCUGUACUAAAGGGACAAGGACCAAAACCAAGACUGGAUGGUCCUGAUCUUCAGGCCAUCAAUGGCUCUGCAUUAAAAACAGACAGGACUCCAAACCAAAACCACUUCAAAAACCAUCCACAAAUGAGGUUAAAACUGAAACAUGUAAAGAGGAAACCAGAUAUGAUCCUGAUACACCAGUGACUUCUCUGGUUCUGAGCCCGUUCAAGGUGGACUGAGGGGAAGAGGACUACUGACUACUACUGAACAAUAUAAACAGGUUCAGGAACAACAUCUGCUGACGUCCAGACCUUCAUAUUUUAGCAAGACAAAGACAAACCACAUUCUGCAGGGAUUACAACAGCAUGGCUCUGUAGUAGAAGAGUCCUGCUGAUAAACUGGUCUGCCUGCAGUCCUCACUUAAAAAAACUCCAUAAACUGGUCUCCUUGGUUCACUAAGGUUUACAGAGUGCUGAUGAAACACAAUAAUAAACAUAAGUAGAGCAAAUAGAGCAGCUUUAUUAAUAAAACAAACUCAGCGUAAUGCGUUUCUCCUUGUUAAUGUUCAUCAACACAUCCAAAUGGUUUUCAUUUUAUAAACAUUAUUUUUCUGUUUCAUGAAUUUUACUGCAUGAAGCCGUGUCUUACCCACCUGUCGUCCUUUUUCGGAAGAUGUUGAUGAUAUCUACGAGGACAUCCAGAGACCUGAUCAUCACCGUAGCUCCAAUGGCUGGAGCUCCAGUGAGUUUGAGAGUUAUGAUGAGAUGUCUGAUAGCGAAGCGGUUUCUCCGACACCCAAGAGCAGCGCUACCAGCAAGGUAAACCAAUCAGAGAUUUUCUCUUGGAUGUAAAUAACCUGUGGUAGUAGGGAUACUCUUUUUGUCACUGUGGCUUGGUGGUUCAUUUUUAUGACCCACGUACAGAAAUUUUACUAUGGUCUAUAUAACAACAUGGUCAGCUCAACAGCUACCUAAUGUGGAGCGAAAAAAAGAAAAAUGAAAACCUAAAAGUCUUGAUUUUUUUUCUUAUUUCACAAGGUUUUUAAUUUGAUUUUUAUAAGCAAUAUCUUAAAAGGGGUCAUUUUUUGGUUUUAUGCAGUAAUACUUUUUUGAAGGUGGUCAUGUCACUGCUCCACAUCAUUAGGAAAAAGUCCAAGCCAUGUUAAAUGUGGGAGUUUUGCAUUUUUAACUGAAGGAUUUUAAGUUAAAACUUUCUGGUGUAGAUGUUUCAAAGACAAUGAUUUUUUCUUGGAAUCUAACUUCCUCUUUUGUUCUUAUAUUUUCCAUUCAGCAGAACUGACUUUAUGUGUAAAAUCUCUCAUGUAGUAUCUGUUUCUAUCAUCUGCAUUCACUCAUGAGUUGCAGCUCUGCUGCCUGUUGUGAAACAUAUUGCAGGUUUGCGUCACCUCAGAGCUUAACUGGCUGUGAUAUUUUUAUCCACAUGCAGGAUGCCGGCUGAGUUAUUUCAGUUCCACUUUUCCACUUAGUUUUGCUUUCCAUUUAUAGCAGAUUUCCUGGCAAUUGUCUUUUUUGUCAUUAUUUUUUUUUCUUUUAUGACUUCUCCUUGUAAUCUUUUACUCAGGAAAAGUUUCUAUAUGAGAUCAUUUUCUUUUUGAGUUUAGUUUUUUCUCAGACCGAAAAAUAUGUAACAUUUAGUGAAUGGAUAAAAAAAAAAAAAUCUCAGUGAAACUUAAGCUAAAGCACAAGGGAUGCACAGAGUUUGAUAUUUGCAAAUAUUUCUCAUGCAAUAUUCUGCUCCUGUACUGGAAUUAUUAUUGAAGUUGUUGAAAUUCCCCUUAAAUCCCUGCAGCAGUUAAUAAAUCAUAUGCUCUCAGGCACGUCUGAUCCAACAUUUGAUUCAGUCUCUAAUGAAGUCUUCAUGCACCAUGAGUGAAGCAGUGCAUGUUCUGUGUUUUGAGAUGCGGCUUCAGUUUCCCAGAUUUAAUCCCAGCUCGUUUUGCGGGUUUCUUCGCAGUUUUUUCUCCAAACCCCUUCCUCUUCUUGGCAUAAAUAAGAUGCAUUGUUUUUUUAAUGUGGAUACUGCAGAGAAACUGCAGGUACACAUAGAUUUAGGUAAAAUUCUGCAUAUCAAACUUUUUAAAUUCAUUGUGAUGGAAAAUCGGUAAGUAACAUUAAGAUUAGGAGAGGUAGAGGUUUAUUCUGCAGUUAAGGUUGUAAUGAAAAAUCCCAAUUAUCUGUCUGCACUGCUGUUAAAAAGUACAUUUUGGUCUCACCUCUUUGGGAAAUUACCAGGUUUAUUUUCAAGGUUUAAGCCGUACAGUGUGAGAGAAACCUGGUCUGGUGAAAAAGAGGAAGUGAUCUGGCCUCGGUGUCUCGCUCUGUCAGCACUUCUGUCUUCUGCUUCUGUCACCGUGUGUCCCUCUGUUGCUGGACUUUCCCCUCUCCGCUCGUGUGUGAGUGUUUUGAAAAUGAAACAGAUUCAUUUAAGUUUGUGGAGAUGAUCUGAAGCUCGUCUGCAGGAGUUAAGAGUUCUGAAUGAAGGGGAGGUCUCAAAUGUCCUGGAUAAGCUGCUGGAUAUUUUUGAAGGUUUUUAAGGGAAGAGGAUUUACUGGACUACUGAGUUACUGAGAUGCAGUGAUUUUUGAGGUAGGUGUCAUGUCUUUCCAGCUCCAAAUCAAGGUGAAUAUGAGGAAAAGUCAGAGCUGAUAAUGAUUAAAUCACCUAACACAUCAUCUUAAGUCCUAAACUAAUAGUUUGAGUGGCUGAAUAGAAUCGGAUACUUGUGUAAAGAGUUUGACCUGGUUGUUUAUCGUAUUUUUGUGCCUGUUUACUGGAUUUUGGCUUCAUAGUUUGAGAUUGCUUCAAGCAGCAAAGUCUGAACAUUACGGUUUGAACACAGUUAUGUGUGCAGAGUUUGCUGUUUCAGCUCAGUGCCCCCCUCCAACAGCUAACACAGUGUAUUUAGAUAAGGUAAAAGUUUGGAGUGGAUCGUAGGUUGUGUCAUUACUCAAUAAAAAGCAACAAGAGCUAAAAACUUACUCUGAAGGCACACUACCAUUCAACUUCCUGGUUUUGUGAUUGAACUUGUAAAAUUGAAGAAAGUGGGUAAAACGUGGGAUGAACUCUGGAUGGUGUUUGAUGCAGACGGCAGCUGUAUGUGAGCAUCAGGUUUCCUCUGAUUCGUGAAGGUCCUGAGGUCUUGUUUGUAUGAAGUCCUACUCCUGACAGUAGGAGCUCUCUGGGUUGAUAAUUGGCUCAGGGUUUACACACCUUGACCACCAGGUAACGUAGAAUCUCUCUUUUCUUUCUACCUCUGGUGUUGGACCUCCAGCUGCCUGCAGACGUGCUGAGGCUGAAGGAGCGCUGUGCCGUCACCAGGAAGGAGCUGGCAGUGCGUCUAAGUACUCCUCAUGUGGCCAACAUCAAACAGAGCUGUGACACUAAGGUACGUUUAUCAGUAAUGAACAUCAGAACCAGCGUCUGAGAGGGGAAGGACUGGUGCAGGUGCAAGCUGGUCAAAGUUUUGAAAGGCCAUGUAAGAAUUUGGGAAAGAAUAAACUGCACGUGGCCUUAAAUAUCUUUACAUUUGUUUUUCAGGUGCAGCAGCUGAUGAAAGCAGCGAGGAAUGGUACCAAGGACGGUUUGGAAAAGACAAAGUUAGCCAUGAUUCGCAAAGUGUCGUUCCUGCAUAGAAAAGAGUCCACCGGUUUGUGUAAAUCAUAACAUCUAAUUUUGACACCGGAAGUUGUAGAAUUUUUCUUACACAUGCAUUGCCAAAGUGAGAUGCAGAGAAGUAUAAAAGGAUUUAUAGGAACAAAAUUUCAAAAGAAUUGCAAACUAUUUCAGCUUAUUUUAUUUUUUUAACAUGAGUCUGUGUUCCUCUGAUUAAAGUGUUUUUUUUUUUCUUGUUUCCUCAGGUGAUGGGAGGGAUGAUGCAGGUUACAUGGAUGUGUCUGUGUGUGAGUUAAAACAUCCUCCUCCUCAGCUCUGCCCCAUGCCAGAGGGACUCAGCAGUCAGCAGGUAUAUUCUUUAUAUUCAUGUUGGCUUUUAUUUGAGGAAUAGCAAUGUGCUAUUGUUUGGUUUAAGUAAAACAGUGUUGUCCAGUUUUCUGAAUUUCUCUUUGCCUCCUUCAGGUUGUCAGACGUCUUAUCCUCAGCUCCAUCGUGCAGAGUGAAAGCAGCUACCUGGACUCUCUAAAGAGGAUCCUUCAGGUGAGUCACAUCUCUCCAUUGGUGACAGAAGCUCCAAUGGGUUUGAGCCUUGUCUCAGGUGCUUUCGGAAAAAAAGGUAUGAAAGGGAAUUACAGUUUUAAAAGCCUCUGUAAGAAUGUUGUAAAUGCAAAGGACCUACAAAGGUGCAAGAUGCACAUCUUUGUCCACAGGGGUUCAGAAAAGGUCUAACUUGCUGCAGCAGCCUCUUAUCCUGCAGUUGGAAGACUGCUGUCACAACUUCUAUUUAAUCCUCAGGGGAAACACAGAAGAUCAAAUUCAUCUAUAAAACGUUCUUGUUGUUGCUGCUGACAGGCUCAGCAUGUAAUUCUGUGUAUCUGACAUUAUUACAAAUGGAAUUCUUGCAGAGAUAGACCCUGUUUUCAAGGCAAGACCCUUUUUUCAGACCAAGAUAUCCCAUUUCAUAAUUGUUUUUGGAGACAGCGAAGUGAAAACUGUUGUAAGAAACUUCUGCUCCACCGCCGUUUGGAUGGACAAGUUUUUUUGUAUUUUUACACGCUUUGCAAAUUUUGCAUUGUAUCUAAACUGUUUUAAACAUCAUCACAACCAAGAGUAGCAAACAGGGCAACAUUAAACCACUCACUCCUGUGUUCUUCACCAGAACAGGAUCCUGUCUGUAAUGUUGUAAGAUGCAAUAAUAUCAGUCUGAGCUUGUCAGCGACAGAAACAAGGACUUCUGAUUCACUGGACUUAAAUUACAGCCAUGGCAGUCUGUUUUAGUGCAGCUGGUGCAUCUCUGGUUAAACUACCUUUAAGUUUAGGAACGUGUUCAAAUAUAGCUCAAACUUCUGAGCUCUACAUUGUACCUGAUAUAACCCCCCAUUCUCUCUCAGGAGUACCAGAAGCCCAUGCUGGAGCCUCAGAACUUCAUCCUAAGCCCCAAGAAGGUCCGUCAGAUCUUCUUCCGACUGCAGGAGAUCCACCAGUGCCACUCCAUGUUUCAGAUCGCUCUGGCCUGCCGUGUGGCCGAGUGGGACCACAGCGAGAAGAUUGGAGACCUUUUUGUCGCCUCGGUCAGUCACACAGAUGUCUCUCUUCUUCUUCGUCUCCUUGUGUCCUACCUCCAAAAGUGGAGCUGUAUCAAGAUCCUGAUGUCCCUCUCUCCCUCACAGUUUUCAAAGUCCAUGGUCCUGAAUGUGUACAGUGACUAUAUCAACAACUUCACCAACGCCAUGGCUCUUAUCAAGAAGGCCUGCAUGUCCAAACCUACUUUCCUGGACUUUCUUAAGGUGCGCACACUUGGUGUAUUUUUUUAACAGCCAUUCGUAUAUUUAUUCCAGAGUUUGCAGUGUUGAUGGUUUUCUGCUGGUCAGUACUCAAACACAGAUGUCAUCCAUGUGCUUCUGCUGUAUUCUGAGGUAAUACGGCUCUAAACAAACUCUGAUAAAACAGUGUGCUGUGUUAAGUUUGUUAAAUUUAAUAAGAAAAAGUGAAAAAUGAGAAUCAGGAUGUUGGUUUUUGCAAAGUAAAAAGGGGUCUGAGUAUUUCCUACAGCCUCAUGAUUCGUUGAGGCCACAGUAUGACACAUCAGUAUGUCCCACUUUACAAACUGCAAUUAUACAGUAUUAAGACCAUUGUAAUAAGCAUUAAUUAAUAGUUAAUUAUCCACUUAUAAGACUUAAUAAAUAUUAAUUAGUGUUAAUAAAAGCAUAAUUAACACAUUUAUUUUUGCUUUUAGACACUUAACGGCUCUAGUUAUAAACAGUUAAAAUACAAAUUUAAAAAAUGGAUUUUUAUUAACAUUAAUUAGACUAUUGGGGUUCAUUAAAGAUUAAUAACAGCAUAUUUUAGCUUCGAACACUCUUGCAGGUAAUUUAAUUCUAGUUUUUGUAUAUUCAGCACUUAGAAGAUAUUUAUCAACAUUAAUAUAACUAGUUUGGCCUUUGUUGUAUUUAAGCAACUCUUUUUAUUGCUAACAAUGGUCCUUUGCAGCUACUGGAUCUAAAGUGGGAACAGUCUUAUUAAGAAGAAUAAAUCCUUAUAAGCAAUAGAGUGUCAUAUGCGAUAACAAGUGUCUUAAGUAUGCUUUAAGUAACACUAAGAAAUGUUUUUAAACAUCUUACAGGGUCUUAUAAGUGUCCUGUUAACUAUUAGAUAAGGCUUAUUAUUAUUUGAUUUGAUUUAAUUGUACCCUUAUUCUAUGUUAAUACCUAAUUUAGCCUGGUUUACCGUGAUCAUUUCACCGAAAUGGUGUGAAACAAACCUCUCCUCUCGCAUAAAUUCACAUCUACAUCAACUCAGAUGUGAUCUGACUGCAAAUUGAGUUAUUUGCAUGAAUUAAGUGCGUAAACACUAAACAAUCAGGUGUUCAAAUUUACGCCAAUUAGUGAGUAAAUCCUUUUGUCUGGUGUGAGCACAGCAUGUGCAUCUCGGCAUAAAUUAGCAGGGAGAACAUGGGGACAUAUUGUUGCAUAGAUUUUUUGAAUACCCCUUCAGUCUAAAGUUUAUAUCUGUUUUAACAUGAAAUAAAAAGCUGCAAAAUUGUUAAAAGUGAUAAAAAAUGGAAUCUACAAUAACAACACAUCUUACUUCCAUAAAGUAGCAUGUACAUGACCUUCUUGGAUAAAAAAAAGAGAAUUUUUUUUAAUCAUUCAUCAACAAAACAACAACAACAACAAAAAAGUGUUAAUUUACGUACUAGAGCUGAAACAUUUCUUUUAUGUGACCUCCAGAAGAAACAGGCGUCCAGUCCAGACAGAAUCACGCUAUACGGCCUGAUGGUCAAACCCAUCCAACGCUUCCCACAGUUCAUCCUGCUGCUGCAGGUGAGUCACAGAGACACAUCAGCUCCUGUCUGAGCUGUUUCAUCCCAGGAGGCUGUGAGAUCAGACGCAUGAUCGGCACUUUGAACUCACGAUUUAGAGAGUUUUAGAGAGUUUGAGAACAUGAUGACUGCUUUCCUUUUUUAACCAGCUAGGCAUUGAUUUAGAUACAUUCUUAAAUGAAAACAUAGCAUUAAAAUUGAUAAAAGUAACAUCUUUAUUGAAAAAUCAAAGGCAAAACUGUAAAGCUGAUCUGAUAUUUGAUGUAUCGGUGCAUUACUACACAAAACCACUGUGAAUUUGAGACCAUUGAUUUCCUUUCUUUUCUUUUCUAUACCACUGAAGCAGGCAGUUUGAUUUUGAUUGCUUGUCUUAAACUUUGUCAGGAUUCUCAGACUGUAAAUUCUUAGAUUCUCUCGAGAGCGAUGUGGUGGAAUAUUUGGUUUUAUUUAAAGGUCUGAAACUUUGUGUAGGAGUUAGUGACAGAGGAAGUAAGCAGAAGUUUGCCCUUUCUGCUCCAGCUCAUUUUGGGUCACAGAUGAUAGAAAUAGCUCCAAAUCUUUUCCGUAAACACCUCCUUAUGUCUACCUGUCUGUCCAGCUUGACCUCCCAUCUGUCACACCCACGGCUGUUGUUAAUGUUGUGUGUUUCUAUCAGGACAUGCUGAAGAACACUUCUAAGUCGCACACUGACCGGCUCCCCCUGCAGCUUGCUCUCACUGAGCUUGAGACGCUCGCAGAGAAACUCAACGAGCAGAAGCGUCUGGCCGAUCAGGAGGCCGAGAUCCAGCAGUUAGCUCACAGCGUUGGGGACCGAAACCUCAACAAGGUGAAACAUUAGACACUGAAACACACAUCCAUACAAGCCUUUAAGGGGUUUUUACAGCAUCCUCAUGUGUGUUUAUCUCUUUAUGUGCGUUGUGUCGGACAAGGCAGUUAACUUAUAUGUCUAUCUAAAGAUCCAUAAUCCCAGUUAAUGGAUUUUGCGCAGUUGAUCAGAUUGAACAGCCAUGUCUAACAUUUUAAACAGGCUGUAAGAGUCUUGUCCACUGAUUUUUGCUCUCUUAUUCAGCGUUAAUGAAGUGCUCUUCUGUAAACAGUGACCUUGUUUGUGUUUUCAGCUGCUGAACUCAGAGCAGAGGCAGCUGAUCCAGUGUGAGCUGCUGACUGAAAUCGUUUAUGGUGAUAAAGGUCAAGUCCUUAAAGCCAAAGAGAGGAAGGUUUUCCUCCUCAAUGACACGCUGAUCUGCGCCAACGUCAACCUGAAGUGAGUUUGAGCUGCAUGUUACAUUCAUCUCUAACAAAGGAGCGUAGUUUUGGAUGAUUACUCCUGUUUUUGAUAUUGCUGCUGUCAUUUUUCAGCACUUUCAAAUAAAUACUCAGUCUGCUUGAAUUUAUUGAAGAGGGGGUCUGACUCACAGUAUCAAAAAAUCUUUGCUUCCCCACAUUGUAGCUGAUCACUGGGGGAUGUCUCUGCAUGGAAAAUAUAAAAAAGAAUGUUUGAAUCUUAAGUUUUACUGCAAUGAUUGCAUAAAAGCAAAAUUUUGCUUAACUGUAAUCCACUCAUUAGCAGCAUAAAGAUGACACACACACACACACAUCCAGGUUCAUUCUCAUUCUUAAAACCUUCACUAAGCAGAAGAAAAGUGUAAAAAAGCCUCCAAGUUUUCCAUACUAAGAGUAUUUUAAACAUGCAAACAUUAGAUCCUGCGAAGCUAGAUUCAUGUCCACUAGACUCAGGAGGGACCUGCUGACCUUCAUCCUCUAAAGGAAAGUGAAUCGAGCUCCAACGCUGCACUACUUUAUGCUCGUGUGACAGCUAUAUUGUAAUGUUUGUCCACCAGGGGGCCCCCUGACAUCAGCAGCCUGGUUCCUGUGGGUCCGAAGUACACAGUGAAGUGGUGCGCCCCCCUGCUGCAGAGUCAGGUAGUGGAGGUGGGACAGGACAGUCUGCAGAACAAAGAAGGGGUCUCACUGAGACGACACAACUCAACCUCCAGCACCUCAGGUACAAACACACCUGUACACCUGCUGCUCAACACACACAGUGAAAACAGAACAUGAAACAACACCUCAGUUUUAGUGAAAGUAUAAAUAGAAACCAAACUUAGAGCUCUGUGUUUCAGGUAAAGUGUUCCUGGGUCCUCCUCGGCUGUACCAGCAGCUGGAGGAGCUGCAGCAUGACCUGGGUGUGGUGGAGGAGGUGUCAGUGCUGGUCAGCACGCUACAUGGAACCUACCAGGUAACACCUCACAGGGUUUUCUCUUACACUCUGUGUUUAAUUGCUGCAUUCACAGAGCUGCUGACAGGAUCUUUGAAUAAAUUUAGUCUUUUUAAGGAUUUACAGUGGUUACAGUGGGCCAACCUCACUACUUUCUUAUGUUGUCUUAUUGGAUUUUGGAUCUAAAUGUCUAAAAGCAGAUUUUAUCAGCCUUCAGUCAUAAAGAUGUAACCUAAUCCUUGCAUGCAUGUGCACUUGAUUAAAGUUUGUCCACUGUAAGCUUUUGUUUUAGCGGCUUAAAAGGUUUUUAAUUGUUAUUCUAGGAAUGUGAUAAGAUAGCCCCCAAAAACUCUUACUCUAAUAAAACUUCUGUUUGGGUAAGUUUAUUUUUUUAAGCCAAGGUUGGUGGUUAAAUCAAUUUCUUUAAUGUUACCAAACUCCAUUGUCAAAAUCAGGGCUCUUAUCUCACAGAGAGGUUACUUUUUGUGUGGUUUUGUGUGACUGUGACAUUUUGAAUCAGUCAAACUGGUAUUCAGAGCCUGGAGUUAAACUCAGAGAUAUCAGGCACUGUCAAGGUGGAUAAAAACUUUCUCUGUUAUCUCAAGCUGUCUGCUUCAGGCUCCAGGCUUUAAAGGCGGCCUUUAGCGUGCCAUUUAACCAUUAGUUUGUGUCUCCUGAGCCAAAGGCCGCAGAUUCAGGACCACAAUUCUGGAAAUGCAUCUGUAAGACCCUUUUUGUGACAGUGGGGUUAGAGCUUGGCAUCAGCAGGCAUCUUACUCUUCCUUUAUCAUGCAUCUUGGCAGCAAAAUCUGGUCCAAGGCAGCAAAAGCACUAAAUGAUGCUGCUGCAAACAAUACUUGUCUUGGGAUUGCAGUUUCAGAGUUGUGCUUUGAAUUCGUGGCUUCCAGGUAUGCAGACACAUGCAGAGACAAAUGUAUAAGAUGAAAAUUAUAAGAGAUUAAAAGAACUAAGAAAUUUGUCAAAAUUACUGCAGUAAAAAUUAGCAUAAUACAUGCUGAGUACCGCUGUUUAUAUCUAAUGUGACGACUAAACAACUCUGAAACUUGAUUUUCAUGCACUGAAGUUACUGCAGUGUCAUAUAAUCAGUGCGUGUUUUUGUAGUUGCGUUUCUUAAGUCUAAAUCCUCCCUUCCUUCAUCAGCUGAUGGUGGCUUUUGCCCACAGAGGACAUUGUCUGACAUUAGUUAAUAAAAUAAAGGCACUUUUCAGCCAAUUUCCACCUAUAAUUUCAGUUUAAAAGUUAUUAUAGGGAACUGAUCAAUUUCCCUAUAAUAAGCCAACAGAAAAAUGAUCUAUGAUGAGGCAGAUCAGAAUCUCUGUAGAGUUGCUUUUCUGUUUUUAUUUUUAGAGUGAUUCAACGUUUGUUUCUGGUCAAAAAUGAUGAAAAGGUUGAUCUCUGUGGGAAUAUUUUGCCUUAUUUUGUCAGACAAUUGCAGAUUCUGCAAAGAUUCAUGAACAGUUUAAACACCAAAAAAAUAAAUCAAUGAAAUUAGAGCCUGGAUGUACAAAUCCUAAAAAAAAACAUCUGUGCUGAAGCUAAAACAGUCUAACUGUCUCCUCUUACAUCAGAACCUGAACACCACAGUGUCCCAGGACUGGUGUCUGGCUCUGCAGAGGCUCAUCCGUCUGAAGGAGGAGGAGAUCCAAAACGCCAACAAGUGUCGCCUUCGCCUGGCAGUGCCGGGAAAACCUGAUAAGUGAGUGUCAGGAGGUUGAGAGUAGAUCCAGUUUUACAUGUUUUUGAUUUUCCAUGUGGACUCAUUUUUAUUGUAUUAUUUGCUCUCAGAUCUGGUCGUCCAGUGAGCAUCAUGGUGGUCUUCAACACCCCCAGCCCACUCAGUAAGAUCUCCUGGGUAAACCGACUCCACCUCGCCAAGAUAGCGCAGAGUGAGUACAGUGCUGUAGUGCCAAUUCACAACAAGUGUUAUCACAAGAUGCCAAAUAAAAAAUCUGGUCUAGACCAAACUCUGUUUACAAAGACCCAGUGUAAAGACGGGAUCAGACUGAGCCCCAUCUUGUAAGAUCAAACCCACUCCUAUCCAAUCUUUAAUCACAUGAAUGAAACACUUUACAGCAGUGGUUUUCAAGUCCAGUCCUCGAGGCUCCCCGUCCUGCAUGUUUUGGAUGUUUCCCUGCUCCAACACACCUGAUUCAAAUGAUCAGCUCGUUAUCAAGCUCUGUAAUGGCUUAAUAACGAGCUGAUCAUUUGAAUCAGGUGUGUUGGAGCAGGGAAACAUCCAAAACAUGCAGGACAGGGGGGCCUCGAGGACUGGACUUGAGAACCACUGCUUUACAGCAUUUAACGAGUUACAGUCAAGAGGAAGAACUUCCUUUAACAGACAGAAACCCUGAGAAGAACCAGACUCAUGGACAGAGGUAAGACUCAUGCUUGUAGUUGAAGCAGCUGGAGAGCAGGCAGGUCCACGGCAGUAAAACGUCUGCAGCAGUGAUCCAGAGGAACCUACAGCAUGAUGGAGCUCAGGGACUCCCAGAAAAAAACAGUGUAUCAGUGACUCUAAUGGGACAUGAUGAUUCAAAGUCAAGCGUGUUUGAGGAGAGUAGCUCACUAAAGAGUUUUUAUUAUGUGUAUUUACAACUUAAAACAACAUACACACACACAUACAUACAGGACAAAAUUCAAGAGUGUCAUUUAAUGUUCGUAAAGAAGAAAAGAAAAACGAAUAAAGAAGGAUAUGCAAAUCAGUUAUUGGAGUCACGUUAGCUGACAGGUGGAGAUGGCACGCUAGACGCCAGACCGGCUCCCCUUAAUUCAUGAUUUAUCUUGGUUUUACCAAGUGAGAACAAAUACAACCGUCGGUUCUCUGUAAUGUGCUGAAAAAACGCUCGGUUAUGAAUAGAACCAAACAAAAUACCAGAAGCAACAAGGAGAAAAACGAUCCACUAAAUCAAUUCUAACAUACUAAUAACUUGUGUGCAUAUUAAAUAUUUCAAAAAAUGAAUCAAAGGACAGAGUAUUUGGGCCACAUUGAAGGUUUUUGGGGGGAAAUUUUUGACUACUAUAAUUAAGUCCAAUUAUAAUCAUUUUCUUACAGGAAUGAAGUCAAAUUAAAUAAUUUUUUUAGGAGAGUAAAGUCAUGUAAUCUCAUGCAGAAAGAGCUGUAAAGUCUAUAACAUGCAUGACAUUAGUAAUGACUAAGUACAGCCCAGCCUUUGUGUUUACAAAGUUUGUGUUUUUGUUGUUCUGUGUGUGUGUGUUUUUGCGUGUGUAUGUGUGUGCUCAGGACAGGAAAACACUCCGGGUUGGGAAAGUGCUGAAGAAGAUAACAAGACAAAAGCUCCAUUCAGUUUCCCACUGCUGACCUGCAAACUUCCUGUCUUCUCCCCCAAAACACACACACUGAAGGUGAGAACUGCUGCAGGUCAUCCUUGCAAAGAUUAAAACAGUAGAAGAAGAAGAGGAGGAUUGUGUGUGGCUCUGUAAUCACUUUAUGUGUAUCUUCUGAGGGUUUGAACUGUGACUCUGGUUCCGUUUCCAGGUCACUGAUCAGCCGUUUGUUCUGUAUUUUAUCACACAGCUGAUAAUUUCAUCAGAGCGAGGCUGAAUGCAGAGGAGGCUGCAACAUUUAAACUGAAAAAAAAAAGCCUUUUAAAGACACAAAGCGUGUAAAAGCAUUAAAGAUGAUGAAAUCGAGACCAUCUUGAAUCUUGAAAAAUCUGUUUUUGACUCUCCAGGAUGGGAUGAUCACGUUGGGUUUUCUGUUUCAGAGGCAUUUUCUGAAACUAUGGGAUGUUACCGCUUGUUCCCACAUCUUUAAAUAAAUAAUUUUGUGAAUAACACCUUACGUUUUUAAUUAUGAUUUUACUAAAACUUACAAACAAACAGAUCAAUCGGCACGUAAUGUAUUGACCCAUUUAUGGGACAGUGAUCCCCCCCACCCUCCCACCCCUUUGGUACUUUUAGGACUUUUUUUGAUAACAAUUCUUGUUUUUUACAAAAAACAAUUUGAAGGGUUAGGGUUAGGGUUAGGUACAUUGAAUAAAACAAGGUAAAGUGUAGUUUUUGACAUUAGAAUAAAACAAUGCUUUAAAUGUCUUAAACUGAAAAUGAGGCUUAUUUUCAGUUUUCUGGUAUUAACAAGCCUUGUGCUCAGAUUUGUGUACUUAUUUUUCAAGUAAUUUUUUUCACCAUUUGUUCAUGUUCUCAUCAUAUUUGUGUUUGAUUUAACAUUUAUUCUUUCUCUGUGUGGGUAUCAUAAACUAAUAAAGGUUAGUCUUAUUAGUGUCUAAAAACAGCAAAUAUUCCGCUUUACGUAAAUACCACUAUUAUAAAUACAACUAUCUAUAUCUAUCUGCCUUUUUGGUCUCAUUUUCCUUAUUAAGAGUCAAUGUAUAGUUAUCAAUUCUUUUGUGUUUGGCUUAGUUUUAUCAAAAUAAUUGGAUUUUGAAAAGGUUAUCAAAGGUAUACCCCUGAUUAGGAAGUACAUUAAAUGCCUCUUUGCUUUGAGUUGACACCCUGUCAUAAAUUUCCAUCUUUCUGUCUGUUUGUGUAGCUGGAGGCAGCUCUCCAUAGCCCAUCCCAGUCCAGCCUGCUGGGUUUCUGCACCGCUAGCACGUCUUUACCUCAGGGUUACCUCUGGGUGAGUACAGCUGCAGGAGCGCUAAUGGCAGGAUGUCAGCCUCUGAGAUCCUGAUCAAACAUUUAACAUGCUAGUUAACACGCUUUCAGGAGGAUUCACUGAGAAUAGAUGGUGGCCUCUUAUUAUACUCAGGAUGAAGUAUAAUUUGCUCCACCAUCUGCUCCCUCUUAAGUGAUAUUCAAGAGUAAACAAUUCUCUUGUGCCUGAUCAUGGAGAUGAGUUCUUAGCAUCUUCUCUCUCUUAUUGGUUUGUUUGCCUUCAUACGAUUUUUUACAGAACUUUUGUCACCUUUGACUCCAGGUUGCAGGUGGAGGAAGAAGCUCCAACCAAAGCGGCCAGGUGGAGAUCUUCUCCCUGAACCGUGCUGCUCCUCGUCUGGUGAAGACCGUCCCUUUGAGGGCCCCGGUCCUCUGUUUGGAGUACGUGAGGGAGCCGAACGCUUGCUCUGAGGAAAGGGAGGCUGAGAAGACCCAGACCGCAGUAAAGACUGGAAACAUCAUCUGUGUCGGUCUGCAGGAUGGAAGGUUGGUGUUUUUUUUAUGCCUGUUUGGGGAUUUAGUUUGCGAUAUGAACUUAAUCUAUACGAGAGUAGGCUAGUUUUAUCUGGUCCAUUGAGCCAUUUAUGUGCAUAUUAACAUUAAAGUGACCCAAAGAAAAGCUCUCUUGCUCUAGGAAACCUUCUGAAUUGUUGUCAGACAUUUCAAAUAACAAUCUGAGCCUGUGAGUGGUGAAGAAAACCCCAGAAAUAAGAUGCUGACUGUUGCUGACUAAAGCAGUUCACUGCAGCAACUCCUGAACCUUUUAAUAAAUUUUAUUUAUAGGUGCCUUUCAAAACACCCAAGGACAUUGAACAAGAACAAACUGUAAAAAAAAAAACAAGUUAAAAGACUAUACCUAUUAGUCACCUGGACCCCUGUCUUUGGUCCCAUUAGUUAUUAUCUGACACAGAUGUAUCUUGUAGGAGCACUGGCCAACUUUAAAGGGCUUUGGGUCCCCACCAAGACCUUAUUUAUGUUUUUUUUUUCCAUCGAACCAGGAACUUUUGGGAACUUUUUAACUAAGCAACUUUUGAGAGGCUGAACCCUUUAUAUAUUUUGUGCUUUUGAAGGUCUGUAAACACUCCAGCAUUCACGCCCAACCAGUCGAUAGUAAUCAAUUCCAAGCUGAUGCUGAGAGGUGCAGAAAACAAAGAGGUGUUUCUUUAAUCUGUGCUGUUAAAUGUAAAUCAGUGUCUCGCUGCCUUUGCUCUGUUAGUUUUGUUCCGUCAGAUUCAUUUCAAUUACAGAAAAAAAACCCUCAUUAAGUUUUCUACUGUCUGUAUGUUGUGCUACACUUGUUACCAUGUUGCAAGUUGCCUAGCGACAUGGCAUGAGCCUGUGAGGAUGUGAGUGAGUGAAUAGCUGUUUAUCAUUAAUCAGUCAGCUUACUACAAUUUUAAGCAUAAAAAUGGCUGAUGGCAAAAUAGUGAAAAAGUUAUAUUCACCUAGUGUGUGAGGUGAUGUGAUUGUUGUCAUGUUUCACUUUCACUUACAGUGCCUUUAUUAAGUCUGUUUCUGGUUUACUUCUUGGUUGUAAUUGCAAUGUUCAGACCAGAAACUAUGUGUGUGCUGAAACUAGACAGAAAGAUCACAGCAGACUUAAGGUAACUUUGAAAUUGGAACUUGGUUUGACAAGGACUGAGCAACCACUGCCCUAAACGUAUGGCCCAAGUUUAAGAACGUAGAAGUUUCCUUCAACGCACAAACAGGGUCCAAAAUGCGGGUGUUAUGUCUUCCCAUGUCUUUGCAGCAUCCAUGUGUACAGCAGCGUGGACACAGCUGUGCAGUGCCUGUUGACCUUAGUGAUCGCUGACAGCUGUCCCAUCCUCUGCCUCAAACACUCGCUCUCCUUCCUCUUCGCUGGGCUGGCCAAUGGCAAAGUAGCCGUGUACCACAGAAAAGCUGGAGGUGAGUGUUGCUGCAGCAGUCUGAAUGUCGGAGGGAAGGGGCUGAUAUUACACUGCAGUUACUCUGAAGUAUUGAAAAGGAGCUAAACUCUGGAUUGUCCCUCUUUUAGAGAGACUGUGGGAGGUUGACUCAUGCAGGAUGGUGUCUCUGGGCUCUGAGCCGGUCUGCUGUCUGUUAACGCUGGAAGACUCUGUGUGGGCCAGCUGUGCAAACCAAGUCACUGUGAUACAAGGAUCCAGCCUGCACACUCAGGUAUGCAGAGUCAUAACUAUCUGUUUGUUAAAGCUUAGAGAAUAAAUGUGAGCUUUACUGGAGACUGCAAAACAAGAAGACUUUGAACCUUGAACCCUAUUAAUAAAAUUAAAACUACAGAAUAAACUGCUCAUAUAUAUAUAUAUAUAUAUAUAUAUAUAUAUAUAUAUAUAUAUUGCUAAGCUGCAUCAGCUGCACUAAGUGGAAGCAUUGAUCCCCCUGGAGAGCAUGAUGCAGAAAAGAAAUAAAAGUAGAGCCCUCAAACUUCUGACUUCACAGCGUGGGCGUAUUUUCAGCAGAGACACAGUAAUGUGGAGCUCUGUCAGCUCUGCAAGUUAGAAAGAAGACAUGGCGAUAAAGCGUCUCGCAGCUCUGUUUGAAGAGGUCACAAUCCCACCCUCUUCAAAAAGUGCUCUCACCAAAUCGUAAAUAAGAACCUGGAGAAAUUGUUUCUGUUAUCAGCCUCUGUCUCCAAAGGUUUCCUCAUUGAACUUUGUUCAAAGUAAUUUCUGAAAAGCUGAUAAUAUGGCCAGAAUCAGACUCAGGUUAUUGCAAUAGUGGUUUUCUUGUAAUCAGAAGGAAUUUGUCUCCGUGUUAUUGGUGCAUUCAAAUAUCUAAAACAGUGAAAUAAAACAGAAGAACCAGUCAGUCAGAGCAGUAGCUCUCCUACUGUUAUUAAACUUAGAGUACCAUAAUUGUAUAAAUACGGAACAAUAAUACACUCAAAUACUGAAACACUGUUUGAAAUUCAAUUGAUUUUGUUAUCAGGUUCCACAAAAUUGUCUGAAGUGAGUUAAAAGCAAAAACAGUUUGUGUUAUUUGAAAAAACAAUUUGAACCAGCCAAUAAAUGUUACUUGUAAAUUGACUGAAGGCAGAAAAAGUCAAAAUAGUUUUACUUCUAUCGCAGUUUUCACUCAACACAGUUGAUCCAAAGUGCUUUUCAGGAAGCACACAGAGGGAAACAAAAUGCAAAUGAAAGAAACCAAAACAUGCAUAGGAAGAAAAAAAAAAAGAUUUGUAAUAAUAAUAAUAAUAAUAAUAAUCAUGAAAAGAAUAAAAAUGAAAUAAAAUCACCUUUUUUCAGUGUACACCAAAAAAAAUCAAACCUAGUUCCAAAAAAGGUUAAGAUACUGCGAGAAAUUUUAAUCUAAUUAUUACAACAGUGCAAAGACAAACAGUGAUUGAGCCAUAAUUUCCAAAAAGAAUGUGGACUUUUGACAAGUCCAUCUGAAACCCAGUCAGGCCCCUGGAUCAUGUCUUAUAGUAUCCAUCGUUUCUCCUUUGUGUGUUUCACUUUCAACCUGCAGUCUUGGUUUUGGUUCUUGUUCCUUUUUAAUGAGCAUAUAUUUUUUGCUAAACAAUAAGAUUUUUCACUUUCAACAUUUUAGAUGUUGUCUUUGCACAACUUUCGAUGAAAUAAAGGGUUUGAAUGGUUUACAAAUGGUUGCAGAUGUAUUUGGUGUUUGGGAAGGGAUACAAGUUUUGCAUCAAAAUGUGCACAGUUUAGUAAUUGAACUACAGAUUUCAUGCAUAAUCUAUAGUACAGUGUAAAAUGAAGAGACAGUGUGCCUCAUUAAUAUAAAGUUAUAAUAAUGUCAUAUAACGCACCUAGGUGAAGAGAGAGUUAGUGUCACAGGAGGGUGGCACAUUAUAAGCAGAGCAGGAACAUCUGUUCUUGUUCUGUGAGCUUUCUGUCCUUUUGGACCUCAACCUUCUGCCCCAGGUGAAGAGAGGGUUUCAAACGGUACGUGUCAGGGUUGGGGGGGUUGGCCACAGACUAACCUGCACACCUCAGGGUUCUGGAGGAGGGCAGGUCAUGCAGAGAGGGCAGACUACAGCCCGACACUCUCUCUGCAGAGCUGAUGAUUCGCUGCAGCCUGCCUUUGGUCCUCACAGUGGCUGCAGAGGAUGGGCUCAAUGACAGAGGUGGUGAGGUCCAUCAUCAAUGUGUUUAACAGGUUGGAUUUGUCCAGCUUCACAUCAGGCAUAAUCUGACUUAUUUGGCUGUUUAAUUGACUUUACUCUUCAUGCAUGAGAGAGACAACGGCUUCAGCCAACAUUUUCUUUUGCAGUUCAGUGGUGCCAAAGUUAUCUCUAUUAAAAGUUGUGAAGAACUGGAGGUGUUAUCUGGAUAAAAACUUAAGCAGAAGGACCUGAUUUUAUCUGUAAUUUGUGAUCUUUUUUUCUUUCUUUCAACAACCCAAUUAUAAGUUUGGUAGUUUCUCACAGUUUGGAUCUAAGGUUAUUUUUACAUAAUUGAAUUUUUUGGCAUUUUAUUUAGCCUGGCUUGGCUCCUUGAUUUAACUCUGAUUGACAUGUACUAAUUAGUGUUACCUUUACAAAUUACACAGCUGUUUUGAAUGAGUGCAGUGAGGAAAUCCCACAUACUUUAUACUAGUUUUGAAUCAAAUUAACAUGCAGCUCCAUGUUCCUGAAACUCACAGCUGCUGCCCUAGUUUCGCACAAAAGCUGAGCCAUAACUCAACAUAUUUAAAGAAGUUUAAGUUUAAUAUUUGAGACCCCUGUUUCUGUGUUAAUCAGUCCCUCUUUCUUUUGUUGUCUUCGCUUUUGAAGCUCACCCUCUCACAGCCAGCCAUCACAGGCUGUCAGCUGUGGUUCCUCACACCACUCUGACUCUGAUAUCAGACUGUGUGAGGUGUCAGGUGUGGGCUGUGUGUAGAGGUGAGUCAGUUGGGACUCUGACACUUGUUGUGUGAGCUUGACUGACAGACAGAGUGUGUACAGAGCUAACAGGCUGCCAGAGGCACUGUUGUGACUCCUCUUCCUCUGCUCCUCCUCACAGAAGUCUGCAGCUCGCUCUCUGUGGGGAUGGGUGGAAAGUUUAAUUGAGGAAUGUGUUAUCUUUCUCCCUCGCUGGUGUGUGUGUGUGUGAGACUGUGACCUUUCUGCUACAAUAUGGCUUUGUGAAUGUGCUGAAAUAUGAAUGUGCCCUUAAAAUGAAAGCGGAACAGAGAGGAUAAAAACACCUCAGACUGAGGAAAAAAGUUUCCUUUGAAGCUUGUUAGACCUGCACUGACAGAUUUCCUCAUGUCUGAGGUCAUUAUUUUUCUACAACGUUAAGAAAAGAGUCCCACAACCCUAACUCUGAAAAAGUAAGGACUGUUUUUUAAUGGUUUGCAGACCAUUUAAACCUUUUAUUGAGAUAAACUGUUAAUGAUGCAAAGACAACAAAUCAGUGGUGAACCUAAAAAAUUGUAAAUUUGAUGUAAGCUCAUGUGUGAGUAAAGUAAAAACAGGGACAACCAAACUGGAGGAGCAUCUCCAACUAGUGAGGUUCAUAUCCAACAGAUUAGUAACAGGACUGGGUACAAAAAGGACAUUCAGAGAGGCUGAGUCUCUCAGAAAGAAAGAUGGGAAGAGGUUCUCUACUCUGUGAGCAACUGUGUGAGCUAAUAGUUCAACAGUUUUGGAAUAAUGUUCCUGAGUGUCAAAUGUGAAAGAGUGAGUGGAUUUCAUCAUCUACAGAACAUAAUAUCAUUAAAAGAUUCAGACAAUCUGGAGAAAUCUCUGUACAAAAGGGACAAGGACUAAAACCAAGACUGUAGCACUGCAUUAAAAACAGACAGGACUCUGGAGUGGAAAUCACUGCAUUGGCUCAAAAUCAUCCCCAAAAACCAUUGUCUGUAAAAACAGUUUAUCACCGCAUUCACAAAUUAGGUUCAAACUGAACCAUGGAAAGAGGAGACCAGAUAGAUUCAUGAUCCAGAUACACGAUUGACUUCUCUAGUUCUGAGCCUGUUUAAGGUGGACUGAGAGGAGGAGGAAAACUGUGGAUUAAAGUCUGACAUUCUUUAUGGAAACCAUGGAUGCUGGUUCUUUUACUCAAGAGCAGGGAGACUGCCUGGCUUGUUCUCAGCUCCCAGUUCAAAGCCAGAUGGUAUGGGGAUCUUAAGGGUCUUCGUCAUAGGCAGCUUCCACAUCUGUGAAGGCUCCAUUAAUGCUAAGCAAUAGAAACAGAUUUAGGAGCAACAUCUGCUGACAUCCAGACAAUGACUUUUUCAGCGAAUACCUUCAUAUUUUAGCAAGACAAUGACAAACCACAUUCUGGAGGGAUUACAACAGCAUGGCUCUGUAGUAGAAGAGUCCAGCUGAUAAACUGGUCAGCCUGCAAUCCUGACUUGUCCCCCAUUGAAAAACAUUUUUUAGGAGGAAACCCCAAACUGUUUUGCAUUUUAAAUCCUGCAUCAAGCAAAAAUGGGACAACAUUUCACUUUCAAAACUCGAGGAAAUCAGGCCAUACAUUUAUUUACAAGUAGAAAAAUAAAAUAUGUUGUGCUUACCCUAAUGAAAAUAACUGCAUGCCCACACACGCUCCAGCACGAAUAAAAAACUACAAUUAUUUUAGCCCUAGAAAAAGAGACUAACACAUUUCAAAGGCAGCACACUGGAGUGGGUGUUUGCAUAUUUUAAGAUUUUUUUUUUACCUUUAUAGAUAUGAUUGCAUCUUAUAAAAAAUAUUUCUGGACAUUUAAUAAAAUCCUAGAUUAAAUAUUUAUGCAGCUUAUAAUCUUACAAAUAUGCAGCAGUUUGAGGAAAUACAUAUUUAAUCUAGUAAAAAGUUCCUGUGAUCCAUAACAAACAGUUGCACUGUCUGAGUGUUGAACACAGCCAUCUGUGCUGGUUUGACAAGAGAAAGCGUAUUGUAAUAAGUCUUUUGCAUUGAAUAUUUAUAAUAAGUAAAACUCUGCAGUGGAACUUUUGAAUGAAGAGAAAAAACCUUUUAGACUGAGUGAGACACCAGAAAAUAUUGCUUUGUGUUUAUUUUUUUACAGGCCAAAGGUUAGAAAUCUGCCUUUGACUUGUUUAUGCGACUAAAAACACAAUUUAAAAUUUAUUACUUUUUCAGUUUGUUUACCUAACAUCUUUAACACACUUGCUGUUGUUGCAGGUAUUCAUUGACUUUUCUCCAUAAUGUUUGUUGUUACAAAUAAAACUAGUAUUCUUCAAUUUGUUAAGAGUAAACAAGUCCCAUAUAAAGGUUUAAGUCAAGUGUUACAAAGAUAUUUUUGAUCCAAACCCAACUAUUGCACUGACUUUGUUACGAUCUUUGUUGCUGCUCUCACUGGAUGUGACACCCCACACUGUAAGAUGUCUGUGGCAUUAGAUUUUUAUAUUUCUGGAAUUUUUGAGUGUGCAGUAGCUGAUUGAACAUUUCUAUCGACCUUUAAAGUGUAAAAGCUGUAGAGAGGGAAAGAAAAGCCUCACAGACUGUGUAAGGAUUUCUUUUGAAGCUUGUAAGACUUGUGUAGUUUCUAGGGUUCCUGGUUACCUUGAAGCUUCUGCAAACACAUUUGCAGCUCCAAAGCCGUCUUUGUUAAUUUUUUCAGUUGCUCAAGGAAACUCAGAUUGUAAGAACUCUGUGACAUUAUAUUUUUAUCUUUAUUAGAUUUCUGCUGAAGCCUCUCUAUUCAAAUAGCUGCACCAUGACUACGAUGCCUAGAGACAAGGUCCACAUAGGAACUGUUUUGCAAAAGGAUUGCUACCAUAUAGUGAGUUAAUUAAGUGAAGCUAUGUUGCUAGCUUGGACUAAAGUAGAUAGACUGUUUGAAUACUGCUAACCAGGUGGUGUCUCUAAAGUAGACUUAGUGCCUUAUAUCAUGUUCUGUAGAUGAUUUAAUCUCCACAGUUUUGCAUAUACACACAAAGGAACAUUAUUCUGGAAAUGCUGGGCUGUUACCUCACGCAGUCUCUCACAGAGUGUUGAAUCUCUACCCAUUUUUACUUCUGACAGUGGUCCAUCACAUUUGCUUUAGAUAUGAUGAAUUAAACUUAACAGAAUAUCAUUGACACCAAAUAUACCAGCAUAACUCGGUAUACCUGUUAUUACUAUUAUGAUUAAUAUUCUGGAUGACUUGCUUUAUCACACAACAAUUAACACUGGUUGUCAUGGAUAUGAUCCAGUUAUUGUAAUAUUGCAAAUGAUAUCAUAAUGGCACAUCCCUAAGUUCAGAUAUAGUUAUUUGAUUAGGACAGUGCACAUCAACCAACAUUUCUGCAAUACAUGUCAAUGUAAAUAUGCCCUAUAACUAGAUUUCAUACAUUUUCCUAAGGCAGAUAGUUACAAAAAGGGCAGAAAACAGAUUUAAAGUAACAGAACACCACAUGCACAAUUCACAAGACAGUACACAGAAAACACACAUUUGCCAUUUGUACUGUGUUAUCUUCUGUUUUCAGGCACAUGUUUGCAUUUUGCAUAAAAAAACAUUGGAGUUCUCAUCAUCUUGUUGCAAAUUGACCUUGUUUGUUUGGAGAUGUUCCUCCAUGAUUUUAUAAUAAAACAGUGAAGUGUGUAUGGAUCAAGAGAGGUGAGCACUUAUAUAUAUCCUGUAUAUUUAGUAUGAAAACGAAGAAUCGAGAAUAAUUCAGUUCAUGCUAUCAUCCUCUGCUCUCUUCCAGCUCAUGUUUCUGCCUGUUGUCUUCAUACUUACAUGCAGAAUAUUAACCUCUCCCACUCAGUGUGGCUCAUUAGCCCACUCUCACUCUCCCACUCACGCCGUCUCUGAACAUCUCUGAUUUGUGGACUCACAGGUCUGCUCUCUCACUCAUAGGGACACUACAAAAGGCCUCAGUGUCAGCUGAUGAGAGUCAGUUAAUUUUCAGACUAAUGAAUGAGCUGCUUCACAGACGGGAGCGAGUCUGUGUUCAGAUUAUUCCUCAUUGUCUCUGAUAAAUAGGACAGUAAAGAGGCGGUGACUCAUCCUUUUGUUAUGACGGAUAUGACAAGAAACAGAGCAGCAGAGUCAUGUCAACCUUCAUUAGUUCUAGAGAGGGACUUCAUUUAUGAGUGAAGCUAGUUUUAUGUUAGUCUGACCACAGUAAUAUGAUCAAAUUGAAGAUAAGACCAAAUCGUGAGAGUAUGUUGACUAAAUAAAUGAAUAAAUAAAAAACUGAUUUUUGAAAUUAGAUUAGGUUGUGAAGAGAAAAAAAGGACUACAUAAAAAACUCUUCUCAAGAAAUGUUUUUGCCAAACUGAGCUCAAGUCAAAGAUUCUCAGCUACAAAAUGAAGUCCUCUCAAAGAGGCCAAACAAACAAAUAUUUGACACUGUUUGCUCUAAAGCAAUUACAGAAAAAAAGUCACCUGUUAUUUAAAUAGUAACUUUACUCCUUAGUUCAGUUAAAGCACCUGAGAGGAACUUUAGCCUAGUCUCAGUUUUGGCGCCCCCCUGUGAACAAAGUUGUUUUUGUCUGCUUUUGUCACCUCCACUUAUAAUUCACAUCCUCAUCUCAUCCCGUAUUGACAGUCAAAUCUGUUAUUUAUUGUGAAAAUGGAAAAUAUGGGAAAGCAGUUAUUGUCAGCUGCUCAGCUGGCACUCACUUUGUCACAGCAGUUUCAGGCAUUAAAAUCCACACUAUGACAAUUAACAAUUGUAAAGUAAAAUGUGUUUAUAUAAAUUUAAUCUCAUCUUAUUUCCUUCACAUGAAAAGACUUCAUUAAAGCUACUUUAAGUGAUAUACAGUGAUAUGGUAAGUUUUUCAAGUAUCAUCAAAAAAUCAGUGUUUACUUUUUUUAAAAAGUCUAUUUUGUAUUUUUGUUUUUAUUUGUAUACUUUCAUUAUACAUUCAUUAUAUACCUCCUGGUGUUUUAUUGCAUAGCUUUGAGGAACAGUUUGCUGCCCAUUUAUCUGAGCAUGAGACAAAUAAAAACAUUGAAUCUUGAACUUUUUGUGUCCUGAACAAUCGAACUUGGUUAGUUACUGAUUAUCUUGUUAGAUCAGGUUGUAUGUGCAGAAUUUGAGGUGAUUCAGUCACAUUUUCAUGAAAAAAAGUAAAGUUUUCACUGCAAAAACUAAAAUCCUAGCAAUAGUAUUCAUAUAUUGUCUAGUCAAAAUAUGUCACCACCCUUAAGUAAGCCACGGUUAGCUGACAAGUUCAGACAUAAAUUUCAUUUCAAGUUAUCAAAAGCAAUGUUAGAGCGACAUCUGCCUGUACUGUGAGCCAAAUCUUCUUGAUACACCUAUAGAAAUAAAUAUAACAUGAUAACUCAAGUAAAACACUUAACACUCUAUUACUGUCAGAGUUGACAGCUGGAUUUUCUGCAUAUAAAACAUCAAAGAUUGAUUAGAGAAGGUAAUAGAUAAUCAUUUAUGUUCCAGUUCUGAUGAACAUAAUUAAGUUACCAGGUAUGCUGCUGAAGGUAGAGACACACUUCUCAGAGUGAAAACAAAGGUGUUGAAAGUAAUAAAAAGUUUGAUGUUACAAAGUUUAUAUGAAGUUCUGUCAAUAUUUAUGAAAUAAGCUUCUCUGAAUUUGACAUAUAAAAGGUUCUGAUCCAAACACCAAUCUGCCAUUUUCACUCCAUUGUUUCUUUUCUCUCUAUAUACCUGAGCUAAGUCCUGUUUUUUCAAGCUGUGUCUCAUAAUUAUCUUGUUGUGUUUUAUUCCUAUUGCAGAGUUUUGAAGCCCACCCUGAUCCCUGCUGCAGCGUCAGCCACAUGGUGCGUUCAGGAGGAGGGGUGUGGAUGGCCUUCAGUCGAGGCUCCUCCAUCCACCUGUUUCACACUGAAACCCUGGAACCUCUGCAGGAGGUCAACAUCUCCACCCGCACUGCCCACCUGACACCAGGCAAGGCCAAACAAAACCAACACCCAGGAGCAAAUGAUAAAACAGAGUGAAGAGAUUCAUCACAGUUCUUGGUCAGACAGAGUAAAAACAUAAUCAGAGGGAAGUGCAGGAUCAUAGACAUCUUUAUAGGCUGAGUCUGGGCUUUCCUUUGACAUGUUUUCAGUUUGUUUUAAUUAGACGAAUCCACUCAGGGCAUCCAAAUGCUGGUGAAUGUCAGUGUUUUGGCUGAAUCACAGAAGCCGCAAAGGAUACAGAAAAAGAAAACAGACUUUCGUGAAACUGUCAGGAUACCAUGCACUCAGUUUACAGACCGUCUGCAGAAACAGUAUCUCCAUGAAUUCAUGCUAAAAUUGUAAAGAUUAACAUCCCUCUACCAUUGUAAACACUACCUGAUAUCUCAAAUGAGCAAGAUCUAUAGCAUGGAGCUCAGCCCAGACUCUGCUCACAGGCAGUUGAAAAAUGAACGGUUGAAAGAUGAGAAAGAUGUUCAGUUGAAAGAUGAGAUUAUUCAGUCAGUGUCUUUUGUUGGAGCUUAAAUUUAAAGCUCUUGUGAGAAUUAAUGAACCAGACUGAAAAACAUCUUCCUCUAUACGACUCACAAAAUCAAUCAUCUUGCUGUUAUACACAACAAAUUUAAAUGCCUGUAACUGCUGCUGCACGGCUGGUGUCAGAGUGAGUUACAGCUCGCCGUAGAAACAGCCUUUGUUUACAUUUUCAUGGAAAAGACUCACAGUGUAAUAUGUUUGACUGCCAAAAGAUGCAGGACGAGGGUUUUUAUCAGUAAAGGACAGAGUCAGUAAAGAGAUUAGAGGUCCCAGGGGAACAGAACUGAAUGAAAAUGAAAGUUCCUUAAAAGACAAACAUGCAUUUUUUGUUCCUUUGAAGGUGGUUUGUUAUGUGCAUUUUUUGCAUACAUUUCAUGAUGACAUCUAAAAGAGACAGCUAAAGCAGCAGAGAUUGAUUAAAUGGCAUACAAAGCCAGACCACAGCACAGAGUAGAAUAUUUUAUUGUCAUUGCAGCAGGACCAAUCAAACUGAUGCAACAAGCGUCAGCUAGCAGCCGUGAGACACAGUAGAAUAUAAGCACCAUUCACUGAGUUGCUGCAUUCAGAUUCUUUACCAUCUUCAGUUUGUUUUCUGUCACACUUGGUUUUUAAUUAUCAACUGUAAUAUUAUUGAUUUGAAGUUAUCUCUUAAAUCAAUACUAGGGACCAAGUGCAAAAGACACUCCUGGAUGUAUUUGUAAGUUUUGUUGACUCAAAGCACUCAGGACAAUCUCUGACUACAAAAAUGGAAAAUACAGUCGACCAACCUGCUUACUGUCUGAUCAGGUCUGAAUAGCUCGUGUUUAAAGCUGAAUGUCACUUAUACUCCAGGUCAGGUUUGUGUCUCCAGCCUGCUGAUCUGUCAGGGUCUGCUGUGGGUGGGAACCAACCAGGGAGUCAUCCUCACCUUCCCUGUUCCCACUCUGGAGGGGAUCCCCAAAAUUACAGGUCAGAGUCAUCAUGAUACCAGAAUUCAAACUUUGGUACAAUGUUGGUGACAAAUCAAAUGUGAAGAUACCUGUUUCAACAAAAAAAUCAUACCUGGGAACCAAAAGUACACACAGCGUGCAGCACAAAGCUUCAUGGAUAUAAACUAAAUCUGGCAGCUUUGCGUGAUUGCUCACAGUUGUAGAUGUGUUAACAGGAAAACUGAAACAGCUAAAAAUGACCUCUUAUUUCUCAGUUUAUCACUUUAUUUGUCUUUCACAAUGCUCUGAGUCCUUCUCUAAUUUGAUCACUCCCUCUGCUCUUUUUCUCUUUUGUAGCAGCUAAUGGUCACAAUUAGGUCUUUCUUUUAACCAUAAGGUCAAAGCACUGGGAUAAACCUGUUUUCAAAGAUAUCCACAUUUGUGUCGAUGGGGCUGGAAUCUUUAUGUAUUUUUAUUUCUUUGCAUUUUUGUGUAUUGAAGACUUAUUUUCCAUCAUGAGAGGCUAAAGAGUUGCAUGAUGUGCUAAAACAGAAAAUCAGAUGAGGCCAAAACAAAAACAAGCAGGUCAGACCAUCAAAAAAAUCAGAAUCAGCUGAAAAAAGUCCAGUCAGUGCCUCUCUAGAUGGUAUUUUUUUGUGAUCCUUCUGCCAAAUCUGAAAAGCUGAACUUUAACCUGCUAGUUUCCAUGAAAAACAUGGUUUAUAUUGUUACUUUUAUUGAUAUGUUACUUAUAUAUUCCUUUUAUUCUCCAUUACCACACGCAUCCUUCCCCAUCUGUCCCCAUGUGGACUCAUUCAAACCUGUUUUUUACCACCAGGUAAAGGGUUGACGUCUCUAAACGCCCACUGUGGUCCCGUGGACUUCCUGGUCUCCACCUCCGGCUCGCUGGCCUCUGACCUCCUCAGACGGGACUCCAUGCUCAAUGGAGGCGAGGACUCUUCACCGGGAGAGACCCGGGGUAUUAAAAGUGACAUGGGAGGAGAAGAGGGAGGGUACAGGGUGGGUCAUAGCAGCUCCCCACAGGACUCCGAAUCUCCUCCACCGGGUGAGGAGAAGCCGAAGCGCCUCCUACUGCAGUACCGCCUCUACUCUACCUGCCAGCUGCCGGGGAAGCCGCUUACGGCGCAGCCAGAGCAGGGGAGCUCCAAGGGCCUCCAGGACUCCCUGGAGCAUAGCCCGGAGGACGGCUCCAUCUAUGAGGUGAGCGAGGACCCUGAUGUGUGGGUGAGGGGGAGGCCUAUGGAGCUGGGCAAGGAAGGGGAGGCCAAGCGGAGUAAAGUCACUUCGAUUGCCAUCUUCUCUGGAGGCAGGGGGUACAGACGGAUCGGAGAGAAAUCAACAGAAACAAGCUCAGACGCUGUUGAAAACACACUGCUGGUUUGGCAGCUCCCUCUGACUCUUAGCCAAUGACGGAGCAGCAUGUUGGACUGACAGUUAGUGAGAUUCUGGACAUUUCUGUGGUUUUGGACUAACUGUGAACUCCAUUUCUGUUAGACUCAACGUGUGAUCAGAAGUUAAGGAAGCUAUAACCACCUCACCUCCCAUAAAAAGUUAAAUACUAGCAAACAGUCUUGAAGUGUCUGAGGUUUGUGAGGGUGAGACCGUGAAAAGGAAAUAAUAGAGGGUGAAUGGAACUCAUAUUACCUGUGAAAUUUGCAGCUACCUCCGUUGUGUUGGGCACAAUGAAGACAAACGAUCUUCAGCUCUGCGAUGGGAUCAAACUACAGACAUAAUGACAGUAAACUGCAUCAACGUUUUAUAUCUAGAGGCUAUUUCAUACUGCACUUUCCAUUUUCCUUUUUUCUGGGAGUGAAAUCUGAAUACGAUCAUUUUUUUUUCAAAUAAUUUUUGUUGCUUUCACAUCAAACGGUGUUUACUCAUCACACCCACUUAAAACUGAAACCAGUACUUUUUUUUUUACUGCAGAUGGUACAUGCUCAUUAAAGAUGGCAUCUCAUUUUGACCCUGAUUUAGACACCCAUAUGUUGCUGGUAUUUGUGUUCAUAACCAAAAGCAGUGACAGCACAGUAUAAAACUCUGAAAGCUGUCCUGCAACUCAAGACACGGCACAUAAAUACCUGACUAAGAAGGAACUCAGCAGCCCCUCAAAAACCCAUACUGUUAAGGGAGACACUCACAUGGUUUAUCCAUAACAGACUAUAUAACAGACUAUUUUUGUAAGUAAAUGAAAAGAUAGAUUUAUCUAGCUUACUUAUAUAGGAAGGAAUUGCUUUCCGUAUUUAUCAGACUUAAAUGUGUCUGUUGGUAAAUUUUAGACGGACACAUGCUGGCUAUGUACCCAUACUUUAAAGGGACUUUCAGUUUGUGUCAAUUUUGGCACUCCUGUGGAUAAAGCAGUCUUUGCUCAUCAUGUCCUUUACACGCUGAAGUAGUGUCCUCUAACAAAAAAUCUCAUCCUGCUGAAUUUUGACAGUCAAAUGUAUCAUUUUUGCUAUUAUUUAAUGUUAAAAAUGAAACUGACACCUACCCCCUCACAGCUGUUUUAGGCAUGGAAAUUACAGUUUAAAAAUUGCUAGUCUUCAGUAUUUCAGAAAAAAAUGCAUCUUUAUGAAUUACAGUCUUUUUCAUAAAUGUUGAAGAAUUCCUCACAGGAACUUUACGUCUUUUGUUUUAAAGGGCAGCAGAUGUGAGAUUUUUGCUUUGUCACUAUCCUGUGGUCGAACUUUUCUGUUUGUUGGGAUUUCACUGUGAGAUCUUGAUAAAGCACUGCUCUGAGGUUUGGGAGUUUGUGAAACUGCCCUCUCCUUGAUCAAAUAAGGACUUUGGCCGCAAUGAACAAAGAGUUCAAGGAAAAUCAUCAAAGUUAAUUCCAAAACAGAAGAAUGAGUAAAGUGGAACUCAACUACAACCUUAUUUUCCAUGAAAAUCUGUAAAACUAAAAAAAAAAAAAUCACUUCUCAUGGAGCUAGCCUCAUGUUCAGUAUUUGUGUUAUAGUGAACAGACAUCACAGUGUUGUAAUGUAUGUAAUAGUUUUCGCUAAAACAGGCACCUUAACAUGUUGUUUUUGUAAUUAUGUGAUUACAUUUAUAGUGUCAAAGGAUAACGGUACAAACAGUGACCAAUGCUAUACAAACAAAGUUACUAAAUAUAAUUGAAAUACGAUUCAAACUUCUAUGACGGGUCAUAGUAUAAUGAAUUAGUCACAGCUUUUCACUUAUAAUGGGAGAAAAUCAAAAUAUUCACCACAAAUGAGACAUAUUCAGGAAUUUAUGGACACAAAUUCAAAAAUGUUAAAAAUAUAUAUUUAUUUUGUAUAAAAUCAUGCAAAAAAUACUCCCUGUGCUCUGCAUCAGUGUUUUUGUGUAUGUCAGUGUGUAACUGAUAGACUGUCACAUUUUCUCUCCAAGUGUUAUUUUAACACAGAUUGUAUGUUCAUGGUACAUUUUUUUUACGUUUUUUUCUUCUGCACAAGUGUUUUUGCAUACAGCGAGAAAAACACCUUCAUAUCCCAAGAGCAAUGAUGGUUAUUUUUAUCCUUGAGGCAUAUGCUUCACAGGUUAUUAAUAACUAGAUUCAGGUAAUGUCUUCAUUUUCACCUUCUGAGCAGAUAUGUUGCAGCUUCGCUGGAAGCAGGUGGUAAAUCUUGUGGUACAUUUUACACUGGCACUUUUGAAUAAAGUAAAAUUAAAACCAUUUUGAAAAAUGUUCAUUUAAUUCCAUGAAUUGUUCAUAUCACGUUUGCAAUGAUAGUUUUGCAAUAUUUUCUGUCUAGCUAGACCCAAGAGCACUGUCAGGAAUUUUUCACGAUAAGCUGAUUCUAUGAGCUCUUCUGUCGAGGAUAAAGGUGAAAGAAACCGUUUAAUUUUUUUUUGUAAUUAACUUUCUUUUAUAAAAUUUUAUAUUCAUGUAAGAAUUCAGUUUUCCCGGAAAUUUAGUUGAAAGCCAAGUUCUGUCUUUUCUUUUCCCCUGAAUGUAAACAUUCACUUUUCAGAUUUUUUUUAGGAUCUUAACUUUUCUCUGAUCUACGAUUCAUCAAAUGGAGUGAAGACAUAGAGGAAGUAGCUAGUGUCAGCAAGUUAGCUGUAUCAGCUCACAGAAAAGACACUUUCAUUUUUCUUGAAACCAGAGACACAAUUUUUACUAAUCAGUUGAACACUUACUUUCUGACCUUUCUUUUAACUGUUUUCAUUCAGUUUCUGUACCUAAAGUCUACCACAAGAAAUCUCCUUCAGAAUAAAAGCAUAGUUUUGCGAUGCAAUAAAUAAAGCAAACUAAAGGAGGUAGAAAAAACAUCAAAAUAAAAGAAAAAAGUUCUCUCCUUGCUGAUUUAUUUCUGACUGCAAUGAGAGAGCAAUGACUUCUCCUUAACCUUGAGUGUACCCUCGCUACCUCAAACAGAUUCGACCCCAGAAUCCUAAAAUAGGUGAUACAGUGCUGAAAGGCUAUGAGAUCUGGAGUCUGUUUUACAUAUCAGAGUCAUCGUAGCAGCACUGUCAGUAAUUUAUUCAGGGCAGAACCAGGCGAGAUUCAACCUGUUGUUAAUAUUAAGCAAAUGAACUCCCUGUAACCUCCAUACGCAAAGAGAGGAAAUAAGUUUGACUGUUUCUGAGGGCCAGCAGAGACUCGUGUAGAGCAUGAAGUCAAAGAGGCAGCAGGUUUCCCUAUCCUUUUUUACUGUUUUAAUACAGUUUGUAUUUAAAAUCUCACAAAUACAUCGUGAGCUUACUGAAUAUAUUAUUGGUCUCAGGCUUACACUGAAUCAUAGCCUUGACUGGAUACAACAUUGCAACUAUUGCUGCAAAGUUACAAAUCCUAAAACUUGCACGCUUCACAUAUCGUUCAGGAGACAGAAAUGAUAGAAAUGUAAUUAUUAUCUGUCAAAGUGUCCUGGUUUCAGUAUGUGGCCAAAGCUGAAUUGUUCAGUGUGCAUUUUCUCUAUGCAGGAAAACUCAGGUGUAGCUCAGAGCGAGAAAUUGUUGGUGGUUAUAGUCUUUGAUGAAAAUGAGCUUUUUAUCAAACACAGUAAGCAGGUAUUUGCAUGCAUGUGCAGCCAGAAGCAGCACAGAUGUUAUACAGGGACACACUCCAACUCUGAAUGUGGUAUGAGUAUCUAAUAUGUAGUACUCACGACUCGUAAUAGGGACAUAACGGCAGGUGCAACUGUAUAACCUUUAGUGGUGCAUAUACGAACAACAGACAUCAGUAAUCAAUCCCUGAUCACAAGAUAACAACAGACCAAACAAAACAGAGCACUGAGUGCUCGAUCAGAAUAUAUCACAAAUGUACUGUGUACCAUACAUUACAAAUGAGAUUAAAAUAUCUUUUAUAGUUUGUUUGAUUGGUUGCAAUAAUUGGAAAUGCUCACUCAACACAACUUUUGUUCAACCUGGAAACAAAGAGGUUGAACUGACAGGGACACCCCCACACAGUGUGUACUGAUAAAUGGAUGAGCCAUAUCCUCAAAUCUGAUUUUUGAACCAGUCUGUAGAACACUUCUCUUUUUAAGUUGGGACCUCGUGGGGUCUCCUGAGCUUUUGGAGUCGGCCUCAAGUGGACCCUCAAGUAACUCUUAAAGUAUUCCCGCAUCAGUUUUACUUCAUCAUUUGUUGCUUGGUUCAGUUUAAAAACUCUCAACGACAAAAGAAGCCAACUUCUCAUUCAGUUAAUUCCCUCGGCAUAAAUUCCCUUGAUAUGUACACAGUGUAAUCACAAUUUUAAAGUUCUUUUCACUACAGGAGGACCCUAAUUUAGUUGAUUAUAGUCCCUUUUCGAAUAGAAUCAAAAAGAGGUUCAUGGGGAAAAGUAGCUUAUGUGAAAACCUAUUAUAAAGACAUGUUGUUUUUUUAAGAGCACUUUUAUAGUUUUAAAUAUUUUAAUCUUUUUAUUAGCAAUAAAAAAUACCAGUACGAGGAGAUGUUUGUCAUUAACAUGCAAAGACAGCUCCUAGCAGCCUGUUGUAAAUCAUCCCGAGUUGUUUUUCAUAACUUCUGACAGCCAAUUAAUAUUCAGCCAUCAUAGCUUGGCAGUCAGAUUUUAAGGCCAUUCCAAGCUGCUGUUUUGGACAUGUCUCUGGUUUUACGCCUUGUUAAAUGGAUCAAAGGUGCCCCCUUUAACUCAAGCUUAUGUUAGCCUAAAAUGCAAUUUCCUAUCCCUGGCUUUUUCUCAGACUCUGUCCCACCAAACAUGGUCCCCGAUAUGGCUCUGCCAACAAAUCUAAUGGUUCAAAACAAGAUCCACACGUGAAUACAGAUUUUCAGGUCAUGUAUGGCCUAUCUUCUGAUUUAUGAGUUUAUGACAAGUUUCUUUGUUAUUUCCUCAUCCUAAUGUGUAUGCAGAGACCAUCAAUCCUCUGAAG